UGUUCAAAAUCAGCUCUAUUCACAAAGAAAAUGAGUGUGUCUCAUGUUACAGAGAAGAGUAAAAACUUUAAUCUAUGAUUAUCACUGGGUGAAGAUGGUGCCGACUGUAAACUGAGCCCAUCAUCAGAGGGAUAAUGGAGCAAGUUAUAGAUCUAGUUCUGACACACACACCACAGGGAUGUUACAGUCAGUAUGUGAUCAGGACUGUUUACAUGUGGAUGAAAUCACAUCAUUGACUCUGCAGUAUGACCAGGGACACAUCAUCAUCAUCAUCAUCAUCAUCAUCAUCAUCAUCAUCAUCAUCAUCAUCAUCAUCAUCAUUAUCUUUAUCUUCAUCAUCUACAGGAGGCAAAGACCCAAAGAGACCAUGAUGUAUCAUGAAAUACACUGAGCUCAUUAUUACCCUCUGCUGGACUGGAAAAAAAUUCAUAUCAAUUAAAGCCACUAAAAAAUCUUAAAUAUGAAGAAAAGAUAAAUCUGUCAUGAUUACAGGCUCUGACAGUGUUAAUGUGCAUGCCACUGAAUCUUUACUGAGAAAAGGCUGGUGAUAGAAACACAGAGCUGACUCUGGUCUCACUUUAAACCUUGAUUUCAUCAAUCUGAGAAAAAAUCUGCUCAUGAAACUCUAACUGUAGCUCAAUGAUUGUAUAUUGAAAACAUAUGAUAGUUGACAUGUCUUUAUACAUGUUUUAUUGUAAAUCUUGAUAUGAAGUUAUCACAGUGUUUUACAUUUAUAGCUGCUGACCUGUUCUCAGUCUAUUUGUAUCUGACAAGCAUUUAUUGUACUAGAUGUUGCUAUAAAGUUAUAAUAUUAUUGUGUGAAAUAGAAAUUUAGUCUAUCUAGGUAUCAGACCAAAAGUAAAACAGUCUGAUGUAAAAUUGUUCAGGUUUGUAAGUGAUAUACAUUAGGUUACUGUUAGAUUAUGCCACUAUUGAACAGUAAAUAAUCCAUGCAUGGUGAUGAGGACAACAUAACCCUCAUCCUUUCUUCAUUGGUCAGUUAUAUGUUAUGUUAUUAAUGGAUUAAUUGGUGUACUCCUGUAGUAGAUAGAUUUGCUCCACAGCUUUACUGCUAUGUCAACUCAAACAGUUGACCAGGACUUAUCUCAGUGUGCUCCUCAUAAAUACAACAACACCAAAAAAAACAAAAAGCAUAAAAGUGCAGUGUGCAAUAAAUAAUCAAAACUUUACGAAAUCAACCCUGAAGUUGAAGGAAAAGUGUUAUUUCGCCUCAAGGGGUCUAAGUCUUCUUCCUGAUGGUAGAGAUUUAAACAGAUGAUAUGUAGGAUAUGAAGUGUCUUGAAGAAUUUUUCAGGCAACUUUUGCUUACCCUUUUUCAAAACAUUUUAAAUUACCCUCUCUGUGGUGCUCUUUAUUCUAAUCCUGUAAUUUGAAGGUUACCUUCUACCCAGCUUUCCUUCCUGAAUUUUUUACCAGCCCACUUCCCGGACAGAACCUAUACCACACAGACUGUAUUUUUGUUUAGCCUUCGUAUGAUAACAGAAAGCCAAUGAGGGACAAAACAAAAUAUAAAUGAUGGACAAAACUUGAAAGAGCUUACAAAGAGCUCAAAAAUGCCCACUAACAGCCUGAGUACGCCCCUGUAUAGAUUAUUAUACAGUGUAUCAUUAAACAGGUAAUAAACCAUGAAGUGUGGUGGUUAAUUAUAAAUAAUAUUUGAGUUGGAUAAGGUAACAUAGCCUGUUUUAUAUUAUAGUACAGUAACUAAAUUAUAUAGUCUGAUUGCGGUCAUGUCCAGUCUCCUCUCCUCCCUCUGUGUGUCUAUUUUCUAUUGGUCAGCGGCAUAAAUAUAAGAUGAUAUUACUAUUUUGGGGUUACAUAUAAAACAUCAUUGUACAGUAAAUAAACCACGCAGUCUGAUGUGGAUCUCGUGUAGACCCCCCUUCCCUCCCCGUCUGUGUUUUCAUUGGUCAGUUUGGAUGGAGAAGGAUGGGUGCGCUCGUGCCAGUCCGCACAUGCGCACUCGGUGGGAAAAGCGAUAGAAAACGGGCAGCUAUGCCGCGCGCUGCAGAACUCAAGCUGGACGCGACUAACGGCCGGAGUAACGGAGGACCGACCCGGGGAUCGCAAGGUUGCUGACCGCCGUUAACGGAGACUCUCUCCCCGGGGAUCGACUCCUCCUGAGGCCCGGGAGGCCGAAGAUCGGCUCCCCCCUUAACCUCCUCCUUCUACUCCUCCGCCUCCUCCUCCUCCUCAGAGAGACUCCGACUCAGUGCGAUGGAGACCGUGUAGGAUCUGUCCGGUGUCCGUUCUUCCGUGUAGACUGAAUCAGAGAGCGGGGGCCGCUGAGGGGGGGUCAGGAUGAUGGUGUUGUGGCCCCGCAGAGGUGGCUCGGCUCCGGCCAGCUGCUGGGUCCGGACGGUCUGUCUGCAGCUGCUCAUCUGGAUUUUAUGUUUCGUCAACGGAGAGGAGCAGCCGUUCAGUGUGGAGGUAAGACCCGGAGCACGACGACGGUUUUUCGCGGAGAGCCGAGCCGUGUCCGCUAAUAGAGGGAUUUAUCAUUCCUCGCAGUUUUUUUUUAUAUCUGGGAUAUCUGUGUUUAAUGUGGAAUAGUACCGUGUUUAACCCGGGUCAGGCUGUGUUCAUACAACAACAGAGUCUUUGUGAGAGCAGCUGCAGCUCCAUCCUCCUCCUUCUCCUCCUCCUCCACCUCCUCACUCUCUCUCUUUAAAGAAACAUGUUCAUAUUUUUAUCACAAUUUCAUCGAGCUUCCUCUGUUUACUGUGGUCUUAGUUUUAAAGUCUAUAAGUCCAAGGUAAAUAUCAGGGGCUCACAUAUCUGCCGAGCAGCAGCGUCUGAAAACAUCUUAACAAUCUGAGUAUGAAGACUCUGAAGUUAGCAUCUUGUUCACAGCUUUGAGCGGUUAGAGGGAAGGUCCUGAUCCAAAACCACCACAUUGAGACAUGUCAGGUUUGGACUAGAUCAUCAAAGACAGUCAACCGACUCUUCAAAACAUAGUUUCAGAUUUGUUUUGCACUUCUUCCAUGUUUGACCAUGCAAGGAAGGAAAAUUUCACCACUGUUUCUUUUGUCUGACCCAGAAGAACAAUACCCAGAUCUGCCCGAAAUCACUCUAGAGAGGCUCUGACUCGUUUCAACAGUUUUAGAAUCUUUAUUUGAGAAAAUGCAUGGAAAGAAAAAACUCACUGCCACCAGGUAUGUCCUGUCACACAUUGUCAAAAAUGAAGUAAAGGUUUCGAACAUCUUGAUCAUUUUUUAAGAGUCUUUAGCCUCUUUAGAGUUGCCUGUACCAAGUCCAAGAAGGCUAGGUAUGUUGGUUCUGGAUCUGGACCUGACUAAAUGGGGUCAAGGCUGGAAAAAAGAAGAAAAGUGGCCAUGUCUUGCAUUCUCACAAAUAGAACAAUCUCUUAUUAAACUGGUUCUAAUUUGGGAAGUCUAGGUAUUUUGGUUCUGGACCAGCAGCUGGUCAUACAUGGUGUAAACAGACAUAAACAAAAGCAGUGAAAUUGCUUUUUGUUCGUUUUAACAAGUAAAAAGAGUGUUUCAUAAAGCUCAAACUGUGUCUAUUAGCUUUUUACACUCUGAGAUUGACAAUUCUGUGUUUAGUAGUUUUGGAUGGGGACCUUGUUUCCAUUAUCUUCCCUGUAACAGCUGUGAGUAAGAUGUUGUCUUUAGCGUCCUCUUGACAUUUAAGUUUGGCUUUCAGACAUAAAUUCUGAAUCAAACCGUGUCUGUCUCUACAGUGUAACUGUAAAUGUGUUUUAGGUGGUACAUCAGGAUUAAUUUGAUAAAUAGAGAUAUACAUGAAGUGAUGACAUGAAACUAUGGGCAUAAUUAAUCUGCUUAUGCUGAUAAAAUGUCACUUAAUAUCCAUGUAAGUCUUCAUGUAGCCUACACAGGUUAGUUUAGACAAAGAACUGCCUCAAGACUGAGAAAGUGACAGAGAACAUAACGACAAGAAAAAUAAACAAUUACUCAUUUGUAAAAGGUUUCGGGUUAAACUCGGGUUACUAUGGCUCUCUGGAGUCACCCGACCUUCCCAAACCCACAUCACUAAGCACAUGACAGUAAGUGUGUGUAUGUGUUUGUUAGGGCUAGAUCAACAAAUAUCAAACAUGACAUGCUGAUCUUCACAUAGAUUCCACUUCCCCCCAUCCCGUCUGCUGCACAGACUCAUGACAUGCCCAUUACUUCAAUUUACAAUUCUUGUAGGUUAAGAACACCACUGGAGCAACAUGAUAAAACAGCAGCUGCAUAAGAUUUAAAAUGAAAAGGUCUUGAUAUACAGAAGAGGUUAGGGUUAACCUAACAGCCUGUUAUCAAUCUGAAAGGUCUGGCAACUUAUGUUUUUAUUAUUGUUCACUAAAAACACAAGAUUAUCGACUUAAUCGAGAUGAAGUAUAGCUCUUAUUUUACUCGAGAUAUUACCUGCUGAUGUUGCCCUCGUAACCCAAGUGCCUCCUCUGCUGUCUCAUUUGUGAGCCUGCAGAUUUGUUGUUGAUGAAUAAGAUGGCUGCUUCUUAAAACGCUGACACACAGCCCCAUUUUUGUCUUUUAUUUUGCUGUCUAUGGUGGUAGGACCAAAAAUACUUCAACAAGGUGGUUCUCAGAUGUUUUGGUGUCUUGAUUGUAAGCUCCUGGUGGCUUUGAUUGCAGCAAACAUCCUCAGUUUAUUUGGAAAUCUAUCACUGUACUAAUUUACUGAAGUCAAGGGUGUCAUGCAAUGGUCAGGUAACGAUGGGAGUGCCCUCUACUAGAUCAAACAACAAGCUACUUCAGAGAGCCUGAUGUUUUGAUAAACUGUACAUUUUUAAUUCAAAUGACUUGAAUAUGAACACCCGCUAAAAAAUAAAAAUAAAAAAUGGACAAAAACUCAAAUUUAGGAUAGAAAGUGAUAGCCCUAAUCUGUGUGCGAGUUUGAGCUACAGUCUGCAGGUUUCAGUGUUUUACACAGUAAAACCCUCAGUCAGACAGAGCAAACAUCAGCUCAGUGAGACUGCAGUGGAAUAAAAACAGUCUGAUUCUCCUCUGAUGACAGACUUACUGACUUUUAAACACUCUCAGGAAACACCUGCGAGACAGGUCACCAAAAUACAUUCAGUGAUUCUUAAAAUAUAAUACUCUCUUUUUUUAUGUUGUCUGCAGAAAUAUGACCAUAACUACCACAGCCACAGCUAAGUGUUUUUUUACUCUUUCUUUCUCUGUGAUGUGUAAGGAUGUAAAACAUUCAGAGGAACAUACUGACAGUCUUUAGCUGCUGCCUCAUUUCCUGCUCACGCACACAUGCAUGCACACGCACGCACACGCACACACACACAGACUGAGCCCAGGUGUUUUAUGUUAUACGGUAAUAAAGUUUUACAGUUGUAAAGAUCAUGCAGACAGAGAGAAAUGGAGGUGUUCUCUCUGCUCUCAGGUUGAUUCAGUGAGGAGUAGGAGGGAAAGAGUAAGUGGAAAGUGCUCUGACAAUACAUAUCAAGCCUCUCAUAAUUUCACAGAAGACAAACUAAAAUGGGCCUUUAGUUUGUUACCCUGUCAUUAAGUCUAAAUCUAGAAAUGAAACCUGGUGUCACUGGGGUAGCUGAUGUCCACUGUAGUAAAAAGUGCAGGGUGUCAGAUAAACCCUGCAAAGCUCCAACAUGCAGACGACAGUGGCAGUUAUUGCUAACCACGUGACUGUUUCUAUGCAGAUAUUUACCUGUUAUGUGGAAAAUAGCUGUCUGAAAUUUAAUCACUAAUUGGAUUAUCUGUUAUUGGUAUUUGUUGGUUUUUAUGUAAUACUUUUCAAAGUGAAUCCUGUCAGCCUCUUUAAAGUGUUUUAUACAAACGCUCACUUUUGAUCUCUGUUUUUGCUCUUUUACUUUAGUGACUGUUUUAAAUCGAUAAACGAGACUUGUUUUUCUUCAAUUAGUUGUUAUGGGUAAUGGCAAAAUCCUAAAAUGUUCUGAGAUUUUUUUGUCAGUAUUGUACUCACUUAGGUCAGUCUGUGGUCAGUUGAAUUAGGAGGUCAGUGUGUUUCUGACAGGUUGAUGGUGAUAAUAAUGAAGCUGCAGACAUUCUGAAUCAUACAGCCAUGAUGGUAAAAACAGUGUGUACUUGUCUGACUGGAGACUGGUUGGCUUUCGUUGGAUGUGUAUCACAGUACAAAGACAGAUGUGUGUCUUUCUCAGUUUAUAACAGACCUGAAGCAGCUGGUCCUGCUGGAACUGCUGCUCAGUCAGGAAACACAGAGCCUUCAGUUUUCUUGUUUCCCACAGGUUUCUGUCUCUGAUUGACUUCAUACACAGUCCAGCAGUGAGAGACAGACUCCUCAGCUUCAGUUUAGACCAUCGUGGUCUCUGUUAGGUGGCUGUCUCUUGCACAGAAAAAGGAAAAUUUCAACAGCCUCAGCUUAUUUCAAUAUUUUAUCAUUCUCUUGAUGUUUAAUAUUCUGUUUCACUCCGCACUAAUUUAACACCCAACAAACAGUUUAUCAGAGAACUCAUCUAAUCUCCAUGUGUGAGAGUGGUUCAGGUCUUUUACCCUCAAAUUUAUGUAAUUCUGGAUGUCAUGGUAACAGAGAUGAUGGGUUUUAAUGUGUCUGACAGUUCGAAAGAGAUUCCCCUCCUCAUUAUGUAACCUUUUAUUAAACAGAGUCAAGCUGUCGGCACUGUGUCUCCCAUCCUCUCUCACUAGGCUCUCUCUGUUGUGAGUAUAACACGCCUCCACGUUGACCAGGUUUAAAGACAGAGGUUUUCGGUUUUAUGUGGGGCCUUUCCAAAACCGACCCCUACAGUCUCUCUUUACACACUUACCCUCCUUUUGCAGUUUGUGUAGAGGGUCUACCACAAUGAGUGUUGCCAAAACCCCUUGAUUGGGAGUAAGAGUAGGCUUUCAAGAGCAUAUCUUCACCAAAGCUGGAUUACUUACUGGGUGUAACACCAUUCAUCGUUCAUCAGGAUAUGCCAUGAAUUAAAGUUGUAACCAUGGGAAUCAAUAAACUGUACACAAAAAACUUGGUACAAAAACACAGCUUUGGUCUAAAAAAGCUUAAUUUCUCUUCACACUCCCUAUGAGGAAUGAAUUCUUUUUUAUUAUUCAUAAGUUUUGAAGAAAUUAAAGUUAUGAGUUUGACAAAUUCAGGGCGCUGACUUUGAUUGACAGGCAGGCAGACUGUAUCAGUUAGUGAUUGGUCAUCCUAUCUGCAAAACUCUGAUGCUUUGUCUUUUUUUAUACAGUCUCUGGUUGUAACCUGAACAGAUGGAAAUAGCUUUUAUCAAGAGAAAAAUAAUUCAAUUAUGAUAAUGUAAAAAAUCUAAAUGUUUUGAAAGUAAAAAGGAGGAUCUAUUUAACCCCAUUACAGUCUUGAAAACUAUGAUGUUAUUAUUGAACAUACUAUAUCAAGCAGAUUAAUGACUUUAGAUUGAAAACAACUAGGUGUCAUGCUUACAUUUUAGAGGGAUUAUGUGUCUGCUAAAUGGUUACUUAUUGAAAAUGAGCAUAGUGAGCGAGAGGUUAUGCAUAUUAAAAUCCUGACAAGGUGAGCAAGAUCCUGACACACUGGGUCUGUUGCUCUUAAAAAAACAGCUAUAUUGCAACAAGACACAAGACUGGGUUCCCAAGAAAUACACAAGAUAUGAUUUUGACACUUUUUUAGUUUCACUGUUGCUGAACAUCUGGAAUUUAUACUUUGAUUUAAAUGAAAGUCACAAAAUCAAGAAAAACAACAACUGGCUGAUAAGUGUUGCCAUGGAAACAUUUAGGGAGCAUCAAGUGCACUGUGUCACUCUGAUUCACAGGAAGUGAUUGAGUCACCUCCUGCCUCACAUAAGCCAAUCAGAUCAUCAGAACUGGGUCUGGUUCUCACUAACAGGAUGACUAUCAUCACAACAACAACAGCAGUCUAAUCUUCGUGUUUGUGUGUUCAGAUGAGCUGACCCGUAGAUGACAGAUUUCUCCUUAGGUGCUCCUGGCAUUGAAGGUCACCUGUCCCCUGACAGGUAAUCUGAUAACCAAUGACCUGAUCCCUCCUGUGUGUUUACACCUGGGAUUAUGAUGAGUCAAUUUGAUCCUCACUAACCCGAAGGGUGUUAUAUGAAGCAGGACUUUAGGUAAUAGACCAAACUUCAGGGUUCAAAUCAGUACUAGGGAGAUGGUUCACUUCUUAGGCAGGGAUAGAUCACUAUGGUUACUGAUGCUGAACACCUGACCAGCUCUGGAGCAGGUCUGGGAUUAAUUUGCAGAAAUAAAAUGUGCAUCAAUCAGAUUUUAGAUCACAGCUGAUUGAGAGAGGAGCAGAGAGAUCAAAUAUACGCUUUGGCUGACUAUAUGAUUAUUCAUAAGGACAAUAUUAUUUAAUGUCAUUGAUUGUGUUUUGGCAUACAGUGCAAGUGUCAUUUCAUUUUCCACUGGAUGACCCAGCCCCUCCAAAGUGGUGCAGUACUUUCAUGAUUUAUACAGAGCGCAUUUGUUAGAUAGUAAGGUAGACAAAAGAGUUUAUUAGAUGGAUUCUUGUGCCUUUCACCCAUAGGGAGACAUCAUGAAAUAUCACUGUUUUUGCUUUUUUAGUCAGACUUACUGCUGUUAGUGUAGGACUGAUACAGGAUACAUGUCAGAAAACGAGGGCACUGUUACUGCUAUGCCCUCACAACUGUGGCUCUGCAGCCUGAAAACAGUCCUGAGACAUCACCAGAUUUCAUUUUGCACAUUCUCCUGAAGUUGUGUGCUGCUUGAAUGGGAAAAAUUAGUAUGGUAUAUUCUGAUUCACUCUAAACUCUAUACCAUCGACUGUGUGUUUUAGGUCAUUCAAACAGGGGUGAAGUGUUGGAGUAUCUACAAACUGUUUCCAACUUUAAUCCUCUGAUUGUCAGCAGAUACAGAAACUUGACAGUCAGUCUGUGUGUUCGGGGAAUUUACAAGAAAAAAACAAGUUUGUCAUUAGUUUUAUUGACAGUGCUUUUAUUCAACACACAGCAAACAGAAAUGUGAUGUGAUGUCAUGUGAUGUAGAAUCUAAUGAAUCUAUGAUUUGUACUCCUAUUGAAAUUAUAAGUGUGUGUGUGAGUGUGUGUGAAGGAUGCACAUGCCCACAAGUGUUUUUGUACUGCUUUUCCUUGCACCCUCAUAAUAUGCUGAGCAGUCAUAUGUAAUAAAACACACAUUCACACACAUUUACACACACACACACACACACACACACACACACACACACACACACACUCUCUCUCUCUCUCUCUCCUACUCUGUUUCUGUCUCUCUCUCUGUCCCUCUCUCUCUCUCUCUCUCUCUCUCUCUCUCUCUCUCUCUCUCUCUCUCUCAGUCGUCCUGACGUCAGUUGGCUGUGUUCAAGGAGCAGAUUUCAGCAACAGCAGGGAGUCUGUGUCAGUCUAUUCAUCAGAUCCUGCACAUACACAACAACACCUGACCUACAUCUCUCACACACACAGAAACUAACACACUGCAGUUAUUGUUGUGUUUAGUAGUGUUGUUGUCUGCAGUCAGCUCUGUAAGCUAUAAGAUGUGUUAAAUAUUGAGCUUAAAUGACGUCUGUGCAGCUCUCACACUCUUCACACUUUGAUUAGUUAGACUGUAAAAGACACUCCGGGACAUUUGUGUGUUUGGGAAUCUGACAGCAUGAUUAGUAUCAAGCUUUCUUGACAAAAUUAUUGGUUUUAUUUAACCAGAAAAAAAACUCUAAGAUUAAAAACCUAGGGCUCUAUUUUCGUUCGUGCCGGUGAGGCGGCGGAGGGCGGCGAGCCCCGCGCAGUUGUAUUUUCGUCUGGCGGAGCCCGGCGUAAGGCGAGUUUGGUAUUUUCGUGGACUGAGUCGCACGGAGGCGAGCCGAGAUCCGCCAAGCUGGGCGUGGUGGCAUGGCAGGGGGAGGUGUUGACAGAAUCAGCUGGCGCAGUGACAUUUUCGUGCUCGCCACUGGCGUGUAACGUGCGCUGAAAGCUCGCCGAUUCAAACCUGGUCAGCUUUCAGCGCAAGGCGGAACGCAGCUGGUCCAGUAGUAUUUUGGUAGACCGGCGGCGUAUCGACAUACGUCACUGAUGCCUCACCGGCAGGUUUCCACAGUGUCAGGCACAUUUCAGAGCAAUAAAUAAUCAUCAUCAACUAUUAAUCUGAGUCAGCACAUACAUUUAGAUCUAUAUCGAUAUAUUCUGAUCUAUAUCUGAUCUGAUGAGCGCGUUUGGCACGCGUUUGGACACACAACCUGACCGAAUCAAUACAGCUGAAACUGCAUCAAAUUAAAUUAAAUAUCUAGUAAAUAAACACACAUGAUGAAGUUAACAAGAUAUGUAAUUCGUCUCCCUCCUUUUCUUUCUUCCUCUUAUUUCUCGCACAGCUCGACCUGGACACGUCUCCGUGUCCUCUGUCCGUCUUCCUGCUGCUGCUGCGGCUGAACAGAUGAUUUGUUUCAGUGCUCAGAUGCGUUAUCUACUUUAAGCCGACAUACGGAUAUUAUAAUAUUCAGUUUUGUGAGCCAAAUUUAUUUUAUAUGCCAACAUCUAUGAAAGAAAGAGCCAGGCCACGGAGCGCGAUGCGUCAUUUACGCACAGAUGGUUCCGAUUUUAAUGCCUUUUUGGAGUUUAUGUUGUGAUCUGUGCGCUCAACCCACCUUUGUCACGUGAGGUUUGAAUAUAUGCAACUUUAUGUGAGUGUCUUUAUUUGUGGAAAAGGGUGUUUGUCUUACCAGUGGGUCCAACAUUACGCACACCAAAUCCAUCUGUGCUCAGAUGAGAGAGUGUGGAGGACACUUGUUGAGCAGCUGCCCUCUGUCGCCAUCGUGUGGCAUAACCGUCUUCAGACAUCUCUUGAUCUCUUUGACUACUUCAUGAAAAUAGUAAUACGCCUCGCCUGUGGCGGAUUUAAAGGCGAGGAGAGGAGCUAAUGUGAUUGGUGAAAACAGGUCUCGGCUGUGUUAAACCCCCAUACGCCCUCUCUCCUCCCCUUCUAUGAUUUAUGCUGCCGGGAGGAGCUGAGUUAGGGAGGGGGGAUACUUACGCCGGGCUGCGCGGCUCACCAAAAUACCAAAAUGUGCUUGGGAACGCCUUGUCAGCGCGGCGGAUCUGAUUGACUCUGCGCUUGCGGCACGUCUCCGGCGAGGCACCAAAAUAGAGCCCCUAGUCUUCAAGAGUAUUGUGGCCAUGAUUUGGAGCAGUAUGUUCCAAAAAUUUACAGACAUAGGAAACAUACAACAAUUACAGAAGACUUCUCCAUCAUCAUACAGCAGAAUGCCAUCAUUCAAAGCAUCCAAAGGCUGACGCAUCUUCCCCCGGUGCCUUCAGUCUGUCUUUAAAACAUUCAGAGGGACCAGCUUGCUCUGGCUCAAGUGCUCUUGCUGGAGCAGUGUACCUAAAACUCUUUCUCCCAAUUUCAACAUACACACUAGUGACCAAAACCAAAUAUAAGUCAUGUACCUGAUUCACAAAGCAAGUUGACAAUCACUUUAUAAAUUAUGGACAUGGGAGUGAUUUAGCAUAUAGACAAAUUAGGCCAGCCAAUAAACCUCAGAGCUCUAUGGUAAAUAGUAUUUAGAGAGUGAAGGCUUUCAGGUAAUGCAUGCAUACAUAAAACAUCACAAAAGUCAAUCGGGGCGCAAAAAUACUCUUUUGUUUGCAGCAAAAGAAAAACAUGACAUAUUCCUGAAAAUAGAGGUCCAGCCACGGCUUCAGUUUCUUUACAACUUGCUGUAUACGAAGUCUAAAUGACAGAGUUAGCAAUUAUAAAUCCUUUAGACGUAGUAAUUGAUGCUAGGUUCAGCAGCUUUAACUUUGAGUUUGUGAACAUCAUUUUUUUUUCAUCAGGAUUCAAGAUCGACUUCAACUAAUUAAAGAUGUGCUGCACUGUAUCAGAAGCAUCAUGCAAAUAGCUCAGAGCCUGAUACUGCAUUAGAGUGGAGCAGUUAAUGACUGUAUCAUCUGCAUAUAAACGUAAAUUGCAAUAGGAACUUUUUGACUAAUAAUGUUAUUAUGGACUGUAAAUAGCAGUGGUGUCGAGACAGGGCCCUGAGGCACACCUGUUACUAUUUCAAGAGGUCCAGUGGUGAGUCCUUUAGCCUGCAGACAGUGUGAUCUGUUUGGUCCUGAUGGGGACACUAAGAUGGAGAACAUGGUGAGCAAAAAGAGUUUGUGUGUAUGUGUGUUUGCGUUUAAUGAAGUGGGUAGGAUGGCUGUGGUUGCUGUAGCGACCCUGGUAGACUCACCUGUGGUUCUCUGUGUGUCUGCGUGUGUGUGAUGAAUAAUUGAGGUGGGUCAGACGGGGCAGGUCGUCCCAGGAGGAGGGAUCAUGUUCCCAUGAGUCACCUGUGCUGCCUGCUGCUGCACUGAACCCUCGGAUAGUGAUGCAUCAGCAUUCAAUAAUUUACAUUUGAAAGGGUUUAAAGUAGUUUGUGGGUAUGAAUGAUGUGGAGGAAAGACUGUUGAGACAAUUCGUUGGUGUAGCUUCUUAUAAAGAAGAAUAGGUCUGAUCAGUGGGAGAGUGUGACUGAAGCCCUUGCUGUUAAGAAAGAUAACAGGACAUAGCAGACCUCUAUCCCACGUCUUUCCUCAAACACUGUUUUUUUGAGCUGAACAAAUGUGAAGCUUUUCCUCUCACGUGCUCUGCUGGUUUUCUGUCCUGGCAGGAAGUGAACUGCACUCACUCAGUGUCACUGACUGUAAAAUAGUCACUGAUAAGGGGAGGGGGACCUUUUGGUGCAUCCGAAUGAGUUAACCAGGUCUGCUUUAGUUUUUUCUUAAGUUUAAACUUAACCUUGUCCUCUAAAAUAAAGAGCCCACACAUAUCUCAGAGAUGUACUGAUGUGGCAGGGUGAUAAAUCAUACAAAACUAAUUUCAGAAACAUUUCUGCUGUGUGUGACAGGAAUUUGAGGCACAAGAGACUUAAAACUACUAUGAGGAACUCUUUGGCUCAUUUUUGGCACCCCCUGUGGACACAGUAGUUUUAGCUUAUCUUGUCUUCUGCAUGUUUCAGUAGUGAAUUUUGACAAAUAAACUCAACUUCCUGACUUUUGACAGUCAAAGUAGGUCAACUCAGUUAUGGCAAAAUCAUAAUCAAGUUUAUUUUGAACCUCAAAUGGUUACUAAGGUUACUGGAGAAUGUAUUCAGUGUGUGCAUGCACAGUAUAUAAACAAAUAACCAAGUGUUUCUCUGUGUCUCUCCCAGUCAGUUUUAAAACCUUAUGUAAGAGUCUUAGACUUACAAACCUGCUGCACUGAAAACCAUCACUCUGAGGUUUUAUGAGUCUGAUUACUGUUGUGAGCGCUGUAGUGUGUGUGCUCUGUGACUGUUGCUGAAGUUGAAUUCAGUAAAUCGAGGUCAGUGUGUUUCUGUUUUAUCCGACAGCUUGUGAAGUUUGUAUUCAGAGGACAGCAUAGUACUCUGAUAUUAAAGCUUUUAUACUCAUAUAUGUAUGUAUUUACAGGCGGUAUAGGCCUCUCUUCAGAUUCAAUAAAUUCUUUUCAACAACAGAAAUUGUUGUCUGCAGCUCAGCAACUACAGUGAUGCACGUGUAACCAGAGGCGACCCUAUCAGCUGUUCUGCCUCAAACAUCAACAUCAGCACGCCAUGGGCAUGUUGCCAUGCCAACAAGGCUCCUUGAGCUUGUCUCAUCCAUAAUAGAGUGAUUUAUGUCUCACAGGAUGCCCUUUUGAAUGAGGCUGCAGGAUAAUUACCUUGCCAUCUUCUCCUCAGGUAGAGGCCCAGCUUGCAGUGGAAUUAGUCUGAGGACACCAGAGAAGUAGUCUCAGCAGGUAGAAGCCUUUGAGAUUGUACAACCAUCGGGAACAUAGACUCUGAAAUGAGGGGACCAAGGACAUGAAGUCUCACAUGUUUGUCCUGGGAUGUAUAUGUUGGAAAAGUAAAUGUAGCUGUUGUUUCUUCUGAGGAACUGUUGCUAUCUUGGGGAUGGUAAUGUUAGAUGGUAGAAAGGUUGCGUAAGGAUGCAAAACUGGAAAGGUGGUCUAAGGACAUUGAUACGAGAGAGUUGGUCUGAGGGGGGAUGGUCUGAGGACACAGAUGUUAAUCAAGUGGUCUGAAGAUACGAGGUCGUAAAAGUUGGUUGUGGUAUGUAAAUGUUGGAAAGUGGAUGUGGAGGCAGUAUAUGGUCUUGAGACAGGUACUCUGGUGGUUUAGAGGUUUUGUGGGUAUGUGAGACUUGACAGAGAUGGUCUGAGGUCACGGAUGCUGGAGAGAUGAUCUGUUGAUGGGGAUAAUGCGGGGGGCAGUCUGAGGACACAGAUGCUGAUGAAAUGGACUGAAAGAGUUGGUCUUCAGCAGUGGGUGUUAAAGUUGUAUACUAAUCCUAAUCCUACAGUGCUAGUCAAAGGACAUGGAUGCUGGAGUUGGUCUGUGGACAUAAAGAUUGGGGAGGUGCUCUGAGGAUAUGGAUGCUGGUGAGGUGGUUUGAGGAUGGUGAUGCUGGAGAACUCAUGGAAGGACACGGAUGAUGAAAGACUGUAAGAGGAUGCAAAACCAAAGAGGUAAUCUGAGGACAUGGAUGUUGAUCUAAACUCAUGCCUAGAGGAACACUGAAAAUGUGGGCUCUGGAGCUGCCCUGAGGACGUGGAUAUUCAUGAUAGUAGUUAAUGAACAGGGAAGACUUAAAAGGUAUUUUGAGGACACAGAUGACUCAGAAGAGAUCAGAGAAUGUUGGAAGUGGAGAUAGAUCGGAGAGAAUUGAAACUACAAGGUAUUCAGAGUACAAUGAAAAGCUGCCCAAGGACAUGGAUGUUGGAGGUGCUCUAGGGACAUAUGAGGGGCAAUAAAAGAGAGCUUGGAUGUGGGCGACAUUGUAUAAAGUUGAACAGGAGGCAGUUUAUUUAUGAUACAUAUGAUUGGGUUGGUGGAAGGAGAUUCCUAUCAGAAAGGUGGUCUAAGGACAUGGAUCCAGGAGGGGAAGGUCUGAGGACACUGAUGUCGUAGAGGUGAUAUAAGGAUGAGGCUUGUGGAAAUGUUAUCUGAGAAUAUGGGUGGUCAUUAAUAGGUGGUCUCAGUAUGGGUGAACGGGAGAUCUGGCCCAGGAACAAUGAAACUGGAGAGGUGGUUUAAGGAUGCAGCUUGUGGGGGUGGUCUGAGAACAUUAAAAGUAGAUAUGUGGUGCAAGAACACAGAUGUUGGAGGAGUCAUUCAAGGACAAGGGUGUCAAGUGGAUGGAGAGUAUGAACAUUUGAGAGAUGACCUGAUGACAUGGGACUUAGUUUGAUGACAAAGAUGAUGAAGACGUGGUCCAAGGAUGAGAAAACCCCUGAAUGACUGCUGACCUGAGAGGUGGUCUGUUUUUAUGUUGUAGACACAAGAGUUGAGUAGACUAAAACGACUAGCUGUCCAGCUGUGUGAUCAAAAAAAUGCUUUAAAAUUUGGAAACAUGCUGAUCAAUUCCUACUAAACAUUGCAGAACACGAUAGAAACCAAACUUAAGCAGCAGAUCAAAUGAGCCGAAAAGUCACUGCAAAUUUGUGAUAAACAAAUUUUACACACUGUCUUAUAAUGAUACCAAUCUUUGUCUCCCAACCCUGACUAAAGUCUCAUUAUGCCAAAAUGAUCAAUCCCACUGAAAGAAAUCAUAUCCCCAUCAAAACAUCAAUCUGAAUAACUGCCCUGUAUCUUAUUUUUCCUUGUCUUCUACAUUUUAUCCCCAUUAAAUGUGAAGCUACAUGUGAAAUGAUUAGUUUAGCUUGGCAUAAAGACUGGAAGCAGCUGGCUUGCUAAAACCCCAAAUUCUUUAUCUCAGCAGGUGAAUAACUGAGAGUGUGUUUCUGUUGGUUUUAACCUUUAGUCGGAGCAGCCUUGCGGUCUCCCUCUGUGUUUUGAAUGUGUGCUAAGAUAAGUUAACAGGCUGCCAGUUUUAGCUUUAAAUUCAAUAAACAUAUGAAAUGAGACUGCUUUUCUUGCUUGACCAAAAUGUCAGCCUUUUUGUCUAAAUCAUUCAUCACAAAGUCCAAAGAGUCCAUCCUACAGUCCAAUUUAAGUCUGACGAAAUAAAAACUCACUGUAAACAUAGAGUCAGCGCAGACUGACAGGGAAAAUAGAUUUGUGUUUCUAUUUCUCAAGCAAUAAUAAAAAAGACUGUUUCAUAUGAUGUAAAUGAGCUCAUGUUAUCAGACCUGCUGAGCUGCCAGGACUGAUCUAUUGUUGUAAACGUCUUUGACCUUUGACCCCUUGAUCCCUGUCUGACCGUAUGAUAUGAUGACUGUGAUCUUGCAAAGACAUUUCUCUGAUGGAUCAGUGACUCAUGACAGAAAAUAAAACCAUUCAGUGUGUGGAUAGCAUUUCUCAGAAGAGCUCUGGCUAAGAGUCAGUCUGUUAAAUGAUCUCAGUUCAUACAGAGUAACUUCAGCAAUAUGAUCUCUUGACUUAUUUUGAUACGGACCAAGAACUAACAGAUGAGAUCUGCGGGUUCCACUUGGUUGGUUGUGUACACUUUGGUUGAGUUUGGUCAGGUCAAAUCAGUUGAGGGCUGAGUCCGUAAUAUUUAUGUCAUAAGUGUGAGAACUAUAACAAUGAAGCACUUCAAAAACACUUUCCACAGCAAAAGCAUGAUCUGUUCUUUCUGUGCAGAGGCUUCCCGUUAUUUUCAUAUAAUACUUUUAUUUUGAAAUAGUGUCAAAGACAGAUAUUUGGUGAAAGAAGUACCUUAGACAGCUCUCGAUUAUUUUAGUAAUCGAGUACUCUAUCGAUUAAUCUGUCGAUUAAUCGAGUAAUCGGAUAAGAAAUGUUUUGCUCUCACUGUAAUACUUUGCAUUGAAUCACGUUUGCCUCAUUAAAAACCAUCAGUAACACACAAAACUGAAAUAGGCCAGGUCUUUCAAAUGAAUGUUUUUACUGCAUAAAUCAGGAACCAAAAGUUUUACAUUUUACCAUGUAGUUCACAUGAAACUACUGAAGGCAAGGUCUGCAGAUGGUCUUUUAAUUGCUAUGGUAAUGAUCUUUGCAGUUUUCACUAAACCAGUCACAACUAUUUCCAGGCUUUGGAUCUAAUUUUACUUGUUUAAUUAAUAGGCUGAAAUAAUAUAAUUCUUGGAUACUAACAUAAUUUGACAAGCAAAUGUACAUUUAUUCAAUAUAUAAAAGUGUUACAAUUUUAUUUACAUGUUGUUGUGUGUUGGUCAUUUUGCAGCCCUCUGCUGCUCAUCACACGCCUAGCAGGUGGUGGAUAGCAUUAUCACCAUGGAUACACGGAUGUUUGUGUGAUUUUUUUCAUCCACUGCCGCCCGGUUUGUGUCGUGUAGAUGUUGAUUAUGAAAACACUUCGCAAUAAUUUGGAAACGUGAAGGGGGAGCUGCUGCUGCCCGGUGUUUACGGUAAAUAGACGCAAACACCGACCAAGUGGACGCUUCGGUCUCCGAAAACGCCGAGACAAAUUUACAAACAGCCACUAUUUCAAACAACUGGGCUCAUAAUCGUGAUGUAAACACUUACUUUCUCGCUAGAAAAAAUAUUAUUAUUGAAUGAAUUUAUAUUAUUUGUCCGGUAUGCAGUCGUUCUAUGUAGCUUGUGGUAGGACUAUUUAAAUUUUCCCGGCGCUGCGUCCGGCCGGCACGAAAUGCAUUCUGGGGUAUUUAGUAUGUAUGUGUGUAAACGCUCGGGCAGCCGCGGCAUACUCAAAUCAUCUUUGAGUAGUCAGUAGGCAGUAGCUACUGCUUGAGUAGGUAAGUAGAUAGCAGGCAGUAUGCCAUUUCGGACACAGCUUCUGUCUGUCCUCGUUUCCCUCCAUGAUUGAACCAAACGCGCGGCAGCGGAAGGAGCGGAAAGAGCACGCUUCUGCGCAACAGAAAUAACCGUCCGUGUCAAACACCGUGCGCUGCACAUGGUUCCGGAUUUAAACGAUUCCUCGAGGCAUAUAAUUUGCCUCGAGGAAUUUUAUUAAUCGAGUUACUCGAGUUACUCGAGUAAUCGUUUCAGCCCUAGAAAGAAGUACCUUAGACAGCUCUGAAUUUAAGAAUAUAGUGAACUUACAUUGGAAAAAGUAACAAUGAAUCCAGUUGUUUCUGGGUAAGCUAUGUUGAUUAAUAACAUUAAAAUACAUGAAAUACUCCUCUUUUGAGAUUUCCCUCCCCCUUUUCAUCCAUCUCUGUGCCCCUCUCAUGACAGACUUGAUUUAAGUCUUUUCUGCAGAUCUCUCUGAGUUUUAGAUAAUCCUGAGCAAAUAUACACACCAUGUUGUAAGAUGUGAGUGUAUCUUGGUGUGUUCUUUGUCAGAUCAGGCAGACCUCAGAGUGUUUUGGGACUUUUUGCUGUUUGGUUUAAUCUGCAGAGCCACGUCUUCACAUGGCUCUGUGUCACCAACAUGUUUUUACCAGGGAAGGAAGAGGGUUUCCCCGGGUUCAGUGGUUACAGGACAGAUGUGGAUGGCGUGGAUGUGGGAGAGGACAAAGAUGAUUACAGGACAGGAACAGAGACAUUAAACAGCAUCAGUAAACAUGAGUAAAUAAACAUCAUGGUGAAAAUAAACAUCAGGGUUUCAUGUUAGAGCAGAGCUGUGGGAACAUGAGGAGUCUCAGUGUGUGUGAUAUCUACAGGAGCAAAGUUCAUGAAGCUUUAUGAUGAGCUUUAUGGAUUAAACCUGCAUGAUAUGCAAAAACAUACAAGGUGUGACUUGAUUGUUCAGUAUGAUUAUAACAGUAUGAAUACUGCUUUUGUUAUUGUCCUUCAUAAUUUUGCUAGUAUUCACUAGAUACCACAGUUUGGUUCACAUGCUCCCGCCUCCCCUUACUGACACAUGCAAACCACACAGGGGCUGGACUCGAGUUUUCACAGGCAUCUUUCCUGUGUGUGGAUUUUGAAGCAGAGGAAGAAAUGUACAGGAAUAUUGGGACACAACCAUGUUAUUUAAAAUCUCUUAUUGCGAGGUUUACAGCUGCAACCCCUAAUCUAAUGUCUACUAUCUAAUAACUGCAUGCUAAAUUAUACAGCUUCAUAAACUUUUAUAAAAGUCCACUAACAAAGGUUUGUUCUUUCUGUUAUUGCUUUUUCCUUGAAGUGCACAGUCUUAAUCAUUGUUGAACGGACUGUUUAUUUUCCCUCCUGUGAAUAUAAAGACGCUGUUAGCAAAUUAGCAUCACCUGUUAUACAUCAACCUGUAAACAGGCCAGUAAAACGUGUUGCAUUGCAUGCUGUAUCCUUAUGUUUUUCCUCCCUCUCUCUCUUUGCCCAGGCAUGGUUGCAGAGGUACGGUUACCUACCAUCUGCAGACCCCAGGAUGUCGGUGUUGCGUUCAGCUCAAGUCAUGCAGAAUGCUAUCGCUGCCAUGCAGCGCCGCUACGGCCUCAAUGUCACCGGAGCUCUGGACAGCAACACCAUCGAGUGAGUAUACGUAAUCCCACACCUCAUCCUAUACCUGAUCCCACACCUGAUCCUAAUAUCACUUAAAGAUGAUGAAAGAUAGUAGGAUAGGACUACACAGCCUCGGCACCCUCUAAACCUGUGCAAAUGAUCCAAAAAGACAUCAUAUAAAGGGUUAAAUGCACCACAAGUGUCGGCUAUAAAGGGAAUAGCCUCUCUGUGCAUCAGUGCUGUUUACAUACAUUUGUAUGAGCUAGUAUGCAUUUAUUUGGAGCACAAUAUGCAAAACUCAUGCAAACGGGUCCGCAUUGUCAAAAAUAUCUCUUUCACAAACAUUGGCACUGACAGUUUGGAGUGCAGUUUUGUACAGUCUGCUGAGAGCUGGUGGUAACUGCUGCAGUGUAAUAAGCAUAGUCAUGACAACAAUUCAACCUCUGGAUGACCUGAAAAUAAAAUAUCUAUACAUAGAGUCUUUAAUGUUACCAAGUUUGUUUGACACCCGUUCACUACCUGUCUGUCACCUAUGUGUGUGUGUGUGUGUGUGUGUGUUUGUGUGUGUGUGUGUGUGUGUGUGUGGUAGUACUGUUGACUAACACCUACCUAACUUUGUUUCCUCUGCUGCUUUGAUGAUGCAGUGACAACACGAUAAGGUGAGACACCUGUCUUUCUGUCUGUGAGUGAGUGAUGUUAAACUGUACAUCAGUCUGCUGUGAUGUGUGUAGAUAACUGGUGUGAAGUCAGCAUGUUUUGCAUUUUAUAUAUCUGAUUAUUCUCCUGACAGCAUUAAGCAAAACACUGAAGAAUUGAUUUGAAAAACUGAGACUGGAGUCAAAAGGCUAAUGAAAUAAUUUAGUGAAAAAAAGAAAAAGCCAAUCAAACAAAUAUUCCCCUUAUUUACUGUGUUUCUUUCUGGGAAGAUAUCAUAACCAUUCCCAUAAUUGUUUGCAAAGAAUUAGCCUUCAGAUAAUCUGCUUCCAAUUAGCACAGAACAAUAAUGAGUCCACAGUGUCCUUUUUGAGGUUGUUUCACAGCUCAACCAAAAAACUUCUAUGAAAAUAUGUACUUGCACCCUCAGCCCAAGCGCACAAAUCAAACACAAAAGUUCUUUUUGUCUCCGGUCAUACAAACACACUUUUUAUCCAAUCAGUCAGUGGACUUUUGCUUUUAAGUGUGUCAUGUGGCAAAUACCAGUGAAGUGUGUCUAUUCAUAAAGAGCUUCAUUUCAUCACCCCUUCAUCACACAUCACUUUUAACAAUAGGAUAAAGAGUGCAGCAUUUACCUGCUCCCUCUUUUUCUCACAGGUGGAUGAAGAGGCCCAGGUGUGGUGUUCCUGACUUGAUAGGAGGGGCAUCCCGGUUCAGUGUGAGGAAACGACGGUACGCCCUCACUGGACAGAAGUGGCAGCACAAACACAUCACAUACAGGUGAGUCAGUCUGUGUGAGGUCUGUUUUGUUAGUAUAAUAAUCCAGCAGUCCUUUUACAACCACUCAAACUUAUCAAGCACAUGUUAAUGCUCUGAGAUUGUUCUGGUCUUGUUUCAUUUUAGACACAAUUUAACCCUAACCCUAACCAACAACAACUUUACACAAUUUCAGUCCAGAGUUUAGUUCUACUUAUUAAUUUUGGUUCCUAUCAAUUCUAGAUGCAGAUUGAAUUAUAUUUGGAAAAAUUUCAGGAACAAACAUUAGCCUCUAUCUAACCAUUCAUCCAUCUUCUAUUGCUUAUUCAGAAUCGGGUUGCAGGGGCAGCAGCCUAAGCAUGAAAGCCCAGACUUCUCUCUCCUAGCCACUUCGUCCAGCUCUUAAAAAGGGGACUAGUAUGCUGGUAUGCUGCAGAGUCAUGUCAGCCACAACAGCCCAACAACAUCCAGGGCCUUGAGGAACUCUGGGUGGAUCAUCAAACUGUGGCCCUUGGUGCCAGGUGCACAUGUGGACACCCUUAUAAACAACUAUAUAAAAAGUUGUUUUCGUCUUCCCUGCAGUCGGACCUGAUAAUUCCUGAUUUCAGAUUUUUUUUAAUUCAGCAUCUCAAAGUAGUUAUUUUAGCAAUCUUUCAGUCUGUCAAUCAUCAUUAAGUUACUGUAAAAUGACAUCAGUCACAUUCACAUUUGUUUCUGUUAAAUCACAGAGACAGAGGAAACAGCACAUAGAAUCAGACAAUUUGCACAGAGUAACUGCACUGAGACACAGCUCAGAGAAACAGACAAACUUCACAGAGAAACAGUACAGAAAGAGGGAGAGAAACUGCACAGGGAAAAAAAAAACAGACAAGACAGAGAAACUGCACACAGAAACAGAGAAAUGGUACAGACAAACUGCACAGAGAGACUCAAGUCAGACAGAAACUGCACAAAGAAACAAAGAAAUUGCACAGAAAAACUGCACAGUGAUUAGAAUUUGUACAGAGAAACUGAGAUACUACACAGAGAAACUGCUCACAGAGACAGAAACAGCAUGCUGAGGCAUCAGUUGAACACAUUUAAUUACAAGAAGUAGCCCAGAUGUAAUUACAUUGUCAGAGCUGUAACAUACAGUGCGCUUUAUGUUUGUUAGGUUCAUGGACUGAUGCAGAUUGCUUCUUAUAAAAAAAAAACAUGCAGCAUUUUUAUUAAGAUGAAUGUUUUUUUUACUUGCUGCACAGAUCUCCCGUCUUGGUUUUAUUAUUCCAUAGCACACUCCUUGCUGCAUGAUUUAUAAAUCAUAGGACAGGGGUUAGUAUAAUUAUCUAUGUUUCUGAAGUCAGUAGCUCGUAUUCAGUCAUGCAUUUCACACACAUCAAAGUGAUGCUCCUCCUGCUCUAUGUUUUAGGUUUAAUCCUGCAGGGCUGGACUGGAUAGAUUCCUGCUUUGUUUUUGGACAAACGAAUGAUCUGAACAAACAAUGAGUUUCAUCUAAAAGCCUCUCUGACCUGCAGCAGCACAGAACAGUACACAUCACGGAGGAGGACUCCAGCUUCUCUUAGUAACAUAUACAGUCAGAGUUAUUUCACUGAGGGGGAGUGGAGUGUUUUUCUUUGUAACAUACAAAGCUGGAAGUGAAUGAGGGUUCAGUUUAAUGAGUGCUUGGUUCGUAUGUGAUGAAUACAAAGAGGGGAAACAAAACUGAUAAAGGGUAUAGGAUGAAAAGGAGUGAAGAGGAGGAAUAAGAAGGAUGGAAGGAAAGUGAAGGAGUUUCAGCAGCAGAAAGAAAGAGAAGAGGAAGAGCGGAGAGGUGGAAACCCCUAGCAGAGGCUGCUCUCUGACAGAUUAGAGUUAUGUAACAGGAUAGAGUGUGUGUGUGUGCGUGCGUGCGUUCGUGUGUGUGUGUGGCCUGCAGCUGCUCCUUUUAGCUCAGAUUUGGGAGAUGCAGAGUGAAGCAGAGUUUAUUUGAUAGAAAACAUCCUGCUGUCUGUUUGUGUCAUUUUAUCAUGUCCAUGAUUUUUCAUAACUUUGACACAUUAAACCCAAAUUUUUUUAAAAUACACAAUCAAUUUGAUUCAUCUCAAAGAUUCAAAGAUCUCUUCAGACAUGAUUGUUUUGGAGUAGUAAAUAAAAGCCAGAAAGUAAAUAUUGGUCUAAAGGAGUAGUUUUUAUCAUGUAUCAGAAGGCUUUGGUGUUUGCAGGAAAAACAGCCUGAACGGUGAGCAAAAGCAGUCAUAACACAAUCAGACAUGGCUCCACUUGAUGCUGUGUUACAAGAGCUAAUCAGUUUUUAGAUUUCCUGACUACCUGUAAUGCAUCAAAAAUGAUGAAUCUGACUUCCUACCUGACAAAGCUGGACUUUUUACUGAUCUGUGUCAUGCUAUUAAUUUAGCAAACUUCAGACCUGUUUACUACAUAAAAAUCAAUAGAAAAUGAGGAGUUCUUUUUCAAGGUUUAUACCGCUGAAGUAAGCCAGAGUCAAGCCUCUGUGUAAAUUUGAAUUUACAGUGCAACUGGGACUCACCAGGAAUAGAUGAUAAUGCACAUCUGUCUCUCAGUUAGAGCUGCUCUGUAAUAUCUUAUUAAUUGAGACUGGAUAAAACAUCAGCCUCUCAUACAUACAGUCAGUCAGUGUGCAUGAGCAGACAUGUUUGUUUUAAAUUAUUUCUACCUUGAAAUGAACUUUUCAUGUUUCCACAAACUCUAUUUUUAUAUUUGAUGAUCAGCCUUGCUGCCUCUGAUUUAAUAUUUAAUCUGAACUCAUAUUACAUUUAAACUUGGAGAAAGCAGCUGACUCUUCUGGCUGAACAUAGACAAGUCAGAUCAUACGUUUAAAUGAAGACAAACAUAUAUCAAGAUAUAUAUAAAAUAUUUAAAUAUAUGAAGUAUAUAUACACACCUUUAAUUCGCUCUAAUAAUCAAUCACAUUUUCCUGUCCCCUCAAAAGAAAGGGCAGUAAAAGCCCAAAAAGCAUGUUUUAAAAAGAUCUUUGACCUUCAUACUUAUCUGGAUAAUAAAGACCAUCUAACUCCUCCCUCUGUAUCUCUGCAGCAUAAAGAACGUGACACCCAAAGUUGGGGCGGAAGAGACACAUGACGCCAUAAGACGAGCGUUUGACGUGUGGCAGAAUGUGACACCGCUGCGUUUUGAGGCGGUGCCAUACAGUGAGCUGGAGCGUACAAAGAAGGAUGUGGACAUCACUAUCAUCUUUGCCUCAGGUUUCCAUGGAGACAGCUCACCUUUUGAUGGUGAGGGAGGCUUCCUAGCCCAUGCCUACUUCCCAGGACCAGGGAUUGGAGGAGACACACACUUUGACUCUGACGAGCCAUGGACGCUUGGAAACCCAAACCAUGAUGGUGAGUAACACUGUUUUAAUUUCUUCAUGACGUGAUCAUGGUAUCCUCAUCAAGAUAAUCAUAGAAAAAAUGUUGAUGAAUCAGCUUACUUCUGUCAUAGCAGUUUAUGUGAGAAUGUUCAGUUAGGGCUUUUAGGUCAUCAUGGCACUUAGAGGGCUUUAUUGGAAGUCACAAAUGACCUGCUGAUGGUGUCAGCCAGUGGUCUUGUCUCUUGUCUCUGACCUUGUCCUGCCUUCAAUAUGAGUUACCAUCACAUCCUGCAACACUGGGUAGAAUAAUCUCGAUCUCAGUUUGAGCAUGUUGAUGAAGACUCCUCAGAGCACACCAAGUAUAGUAAUGGGGCACGACAGGGUCUAGUACUUGGACCAAUGAUUUUCACCAUAUGCCUCCCCUGGGUAGUAUAUCAGAUCACAGGAAGUGCAGAGUUUGAUUGAUUAGUUGAUUGGUUGGUUGAUGUGUUGAUUGGCUGGUUUAAUGGUAGGUAGGUUGGUUGAUCAACUGGUGGGUCUAUACGUUGACCGGUCUGUUGAUUUUGUUGGUUAUUUAGUUGGAUGGGUAGUUGGUUGGUAGUUGGGUUGGUUCGUUCAGAAAUAAGUAGUAUUGUCAUUGUGCGAAUUUUCCCCAUGUGGUUCAAAAGUACUGAAAAUUUUGUUAAAACAGAGUAUUAAUCAUAAAACAGAGAUAAUGUUACAGACCGAGGAAAAAAGUCUGAACAUCUGUAGAUCCUCGUCUCAGCAGAACAUGACAUUCAAACUGUAAAGCCGUCUGUAGCUUCACGUGAAAGCCAAAUCGACGCUGCAGUGACGGAGUUGCCUGGCGGAGACAUGACUGUUAACUGAGUCACAGUUCACAGAGAUGACUGAGACACAGAGGAGAGGAGUCGCUAGAAGGCGAUAGGCUGACAGAAGCAGGGUGUAGAUAAAUAUUACAGAAUGAAGAGCUCACACCAGAGACUAAGGAGGGAGAGAGUGGAAGUUCGGGGACAGCAAGGAGUGAGAGGAAAGAAAACAUUGUAAAAAGAGAGGUGAGGGACAGAGAAAGCUAUGCUGAGAGUAAAUUAACAAGAGAAAAACCUGUGUGUGUUUACAUCAGCUGAAAUUAAUGAGAUAUUAAUCCUAAUGGAAAUGUUUGCUGAAAUAUCUGUAGAUUCAAUUACUAAUUACUUAAACCACAUUAUGAGGCAUUAUGUUAAUAGAAUCAAACUCAUGAAUGAGCUGAUAGUGUCUAAACACAAACACACUCACUCACACUCUGUUAUUGUGCCCUGUAGAAAGGAGAAGCAGCUGUGAUUGAAAUGAUUCAAUCCCUCCAGCACACACAUGCAAACACACAUAUGUGGACACACACUAACUCUGUCCCACUCUGUAACAUGAACACAUGAUGCAGACUCUGAGUGCAUUUACAAGAUGCUGAAAAUAUAUUUUUUAUUGUGUUAGCCUGACUAAACCUGGAUGUUUAAUAUGAAGGAUUACAAACACGUUAGUCCAGCAUGACACCAUUCCACCAGUGUUUACCUGCAAUAUAACCUUUGUAUAUGGUUACAUUUUAUUUAGGCUAGUUAGACAACAUCUAAACUGAAGCAGUGACUCAGAAAUAUGAAUGAGAGAAUGAAGAGGGCAGACCUCAAUUUUUGUCUCUUUUUGCUCUUCUGAGUAUUCUUAUCAAGGCUUCUUUGAUGUUUUCAUUAAAUAGUCCUGGCUCGAGCACAUCACUCCAUGUGAACCUACUUAGAGUUGAUCAAACAAACUCAAAUCAGCUGUUCUGAAACAAACAAAAAAAAUCCAUCUGAGAAUAAAUCAGUUAGACCCAGAGUUCAGUAGAUGUGCUAUUUGAAAUUGUCAGCAUCUAAUAUAGUUUAGAUGUCAAAUUUUAACAUUAGGUUUCCAAUUUUUACUUUAAAUGCACAUUGGUUUCAAAUUCUCACACUUUUAUUGAAGUCACAUUCACUACUUAUAUUGAUAUUAGUGUUAGCCCUGAAACACCAACAGUGGUUGAUCUUUAGCUAGCAAGUCUUGUUUAUGAAUAUUCUGUUAAAAUUAAUUAACAUUUAUACAAUUUUGAAUGUCUUCCAAUAUCUUGUUGACUUUUGCUCAUCCACCACAGGAUUUAACGCUCCUCAGCUGACAAAAUAUGGUCACAUCUUAAAAUACACUAUCGUUUUAAAAAUAAAAUGAAAAAAAAAAUGAAUUCAGAAAUAAAUUUUAAAUGAAUCUAGGAAAUAGGAUCCUUCUAAAUAAGGUGUGUGAAACAAAAGUUUGUCUGAUGAAGCACCUCAUUGUUUUAUCUGCCUUGGAUAAAAAGCAGCAUCAGAUUAACUCCAGAUUAAAACUGUUUGAAAACAUCUCAAAGCUCUGCACUCAUUUUGUACAACAGUUUUUUAAUUGGUUCCAUGGUUAGGGACAAUAAACAAACUAGCACAGUUUUUUUUUAUUUUUAAAUAGUGAAUGUCACUUUGUAAGUAUUUCAGGCUUUUACAUACACAUAUUAACACAAGAUGAGUGUGUGUGUGUGUGUGUGUGUGUGUGGGGGGGGGGUCUGGGUCUUAGCUGGCUCACCCUCACGUGUAGAGCCUUCAGCCUCACUCAUCUCCAGAGCACAUUUUUCAAAGAAAUCAGACCCUGUAGCCAAGGAUUAUAACCUCUGUCAGCUAACCAAGGGGGAUCCUUCCAGGUAUUUCUACUAAGUCAAGUUUCAAGGAAUGUCUUAAUCCUUCUUCAUCAUCAUUAUCAUCAUCAUCAUGUGUGUGUGUGUUCUGCUCUGAUGUGUGUCUGAGGCUUUUUUUUCUUUUCCUCAGCCUCCUCAAACACUCAGCCUCAAGUUCUCCACAGUGCUGCUGCUGAUGUUGUUUGGGUGAUGAUGGCACUGCACGCUGCAGGAUUAUCGUGUGCCUGCAUGCAGAUGAACACUUGUUGAUGUCUCCAUGGACUCACAGAGUGUGUUGUGAGGACAGAAGAUUAGUGAACUGUCAGUGAUGUUCAGCUCUGACCGCCCUAUGAGGCUGUUAUUGGGAUCACUUCCCGUACAUCUUCUGAUUCACAGCUGCAGUAGGCUGACUUUUGAUCCCAUGUUUUUAUCAGAAAAACAGACAGGCAGGCUGAGAAUAGAGUUGAACAAUUAAUCAGAUUUCCAUUUUGGUUGUGAUUUUGACCUCUCAAGAUCCCCAAGUGGCCCCUCCCCUCAAACAUUACUCCCUGCCACUUCAUCAUAAGCAGUUCAGAUCACUGUGGAACAAAGUUUGGGAAGAUGAGGAAGUUGUGGCUCCUGCAAAGAUUUAUGGUGGACUGCUGUAUCUUCAACAUGUUGGUCAACAGUGGUAUACUGUCAGGUAGCCACAGGUGUAGAGAAGAGCAGGGAGAGGAGGAAGGUGUCUAUAAUCAUGUAUAAUUGUGUAUGCCUGAAAAGCCAAGGGACAGAGUGAGCACUACGAGAGAGAGUCUGGAGCGAUCAUGAUCCUGCAUGAGUGCAAACAAGCUUAUGACUGCAAGGCUAAAAAAUAAGAGCCAUAAUCCUGAAUCAUGUUAAAUUAGAAGCUUAAGUCUUGAUGUUAUAAAGGAUGUUACAUACUGUAUAUAAAUGCUUAAAAAGACUGAAUGACUGAAUUUGUUUGAUCUGCGGACUGUAAUAAGAUAUGAGCAGUAAACAAGCUCAAGUCCUGACAUUUUUGAGGACACAGUUUAAAAAAUAUUUAUCUACUAGUGAAAUCUGGUUCUUCAUUUAUUGAGUAUUAUCAAAGCUCAAAGUCAGAUUUCUUUAAGUGAGGAAGUGAUGCAUGAUACUGCUCAGUCACAGUACAAAAAUAGACUGUAUUGUCCAGUUAGACUGACAGACUUCCUUUAGUAAACAAAAAAGGUAAGCCAAACAGGUUUUUAACAUAUGCAGUAUGAAAUGGUCUUAUGCUAACCCGCCAUACCCCCCACUCCUCCAAAUGAAAGCAUACUUUUACAUACACAGAGUCACUGCAGAUUUUCUCCUGCACACUGCCGGCUGUAUUCUGAAAUUAAGUUGUUGUCAGUAGUUUAUUUACUGCGGGGGAAUUUCCCCGCUGUAGCUAACUGAUUAAAUUACUGGUGGUAUGACUGCCACUAUAAAACAUAAUGGACACUUUAUUAGAUCAUUACAGCAUGCAUAGUGACAAAGUUUUUUGAGAAAUGAAAGCAACAUCAGGGUUUUUUCUGAUUUUUUCCAUUGAUGACCUAAUUCAGACACAGCUGCAGCUUAUGUUCUCAGUAUGUAACUGUAGAACAGAGUUCACGUUGUGUCAUCUAUGCAUCUGUGCAACCAGCAAAGCAAAAAUCUAAUGUCAAGUCAAGGGAUUACAUUGACUGAUACUUUCUCUUGCUUCAUCAAUGCCUAUUUUCUGUUCAAACUGAAGGCAUUUCUGUGUUUUUAGUUUCCAAGAUUUGCAGCACUGUUUUGUUUCCAAUUAAAUUUACAAAUGACAAGUUGCAACUUGCUUUUCCUGGACAUUAUAGAAGCACUCAUCACAGCUUCAUAUCAAUACAAGCUAGGCUACAAGUCCCAUUGUCUUCUUUUCUGUAAACAUUGUGACUUCUGUUCCAGUAACAUAAAAAACAGGUGUGUGUAGUAUAGUGUAUCAAUGUUUUCUGGUCAAUAAGAAGUCCAAGAAUAUUGAUUGAGCCCUUUAAAGAAUGGAUACAAAAUUACCCCAUUAAAUAGUGCAAUAUUUUGAUAUAUGGAUACACCUCUACUCAGGGUUUCAACUUAACACAAUACAAUAUAAUACAAGAACUUUAUUGAUCCCCAAAGGGAAAUUACUUUGUCUGGAGUCCCAUGUCAUCUGUUUGUUAAAGAAUUAAACAGACUGAUGGCUGUCGGUGCAAAGGACCUUCAGAAUCUCUCGGUCCUGCUGAGAAGAGAGAGGAGCCAUCCAUCAAGGUGUUGUGAAGUGGAUGAUCCAUGUUCUUUCAAGUAGCCUCCACCUUCCUUAGUGUGCAUCUCUCUAACACAUCCUACAGUGAGUCUGACUUGAUUCCAACCGCACAGCCAGCCUUUUUAACCAGUUUGUUCAGACACCUUGCUUCCUUGUGUCCUUGCAAGGCGGCUUAUAAGUCCUGGAAUGCCGUGAAAGACCUCCAGCCUGCUGCAGACAUAUACACAGGAAAUGAGAGAUUUCAGGUGUGUUUAUUCUGCUCACCUCUGACCCAAAACAACUAGAAGGGUCAGACACACACACACACACACACACACACACACACACACACACACACACACACACACACACACACACACACACACACACACACACACACAGGGAGAGUGUAAGUUUCAGGUACUCAGGUUAGAUAACAGAGGGCUGAGGUGGUUAGUGAGUUGUGAUUGGCUGAGGGGCCGGUUGGGGCUGGCUCAUUGAUCAUCUGAUGGAUAGUUGGAGGCUGCAGAGAGCUGGGCUGUCUAAAGUCGAUCGCCAGAAGGUUGUAUCAUCGAUGUUCGAUCUUUUAAGUGGAUCUAAAGCUGCUGUCAGUUUGGAGAUUUCAGCAGCAGAUGGAGAGAAAAAAGAUCAGUGUCUGAGGAGAGAGAGAGCAAAACAAGAAGGAGGGAAUCAGAUAUUUAGGAAGCAGAGUAAACAGAGGAAAGUUUAAGCAGUGGAAAGGUGGGGCUGUGUAAGACAGAUGGUGUCCUUCCUUACAGGCUUAUUUUUAGUUGCUACCCCUGCUGCGUGAUGAAGAGGAGGAGGAUGGUCUCUUCCUCGCUGCUCCUCCUUUUUUCUUCCUCUUUUCUCCCUCUUGAGUCGCCUCUCUGUCUUGAAAAAAGGUUUCAGCUGGCUGUACAGCUCACUACUAACACAAAACAAGAGCAAACUGUACAGGUAUGACAGGUCUUGAAUAUUAUUCACUCAAAAUAUAAAGACAGAGCUGGUAGCAGGAGCAGUUCUUCUUGCAGUUACACAUUUUACUUUGUUCAGUAUCAUGACCGGUAUAAUGAAGUAGAAAUGAAAGGGUGUUAGCAGCAGCAGUCUUAGUGGCACUGUUGGAUCGCACUUUAUUUCCUGUGGGUGACUUUUGUUUGUUUUGCUUUUGUUGAGAAAUUUGCUUUAAUGAUCCGAAGUCUCAAGAUUGUCUUUUGUUUGUCAUAGUAUCUUUGUCUUUGAGAGACUAAAGCUGCAUAGCUCACAUAGACCUGUGUGGAAUGGGUUUUUCGGAGGUGGGAGUGGGGUCAGCGGACAUAUGCCUUUAUUUAGGAAACAGAGCAGGAAACUGGCAGGAGGGAGAAGAGGGAAAUGACAUGCAGCAAAGAGCCGGGGGCUGGGGUCAAAUUCAGGCCACUUGCUUUGAAGACUGAUCUCACGGGGCAUGCCAUCUAAACACUAAGCUAAACCAGAGUCCAAAUGAUGAGGAUUUGACCGCUGUGUCUGAGAUAAGCCACCAGUAGUUUACAUCCUGUAAGUGAGAUUGAUCUGAUGACAAGAUUGACUGAGGAGGUGCAGCCUGGACCUAGGCCUUUCUGACAGGAAAAGAAGAGUGUGAUUUGCACAGAGGAGAAGUCCAUUCUUUGUUUUUGAUUGGAACUAUAUUUGCAAAUUUUCACAAUUUUCAAAAACAUACGAGAUCUUCUAAAAUGAUGACAAAACUGCUCAAGGCAGGCCAUGAAUUCAGGUAUCCACUUGGCAAGUGUCAGAAAAGGGCAUUCUAAGGGCUGUCUUGUUUUACUAUGUUUGUAACUAAUGGUUGUUCUAUUCCCCGUGUGUCUUUGCCAUUGUUCCCCCUUUUCAUGUAUGCAUAUGAAAUGGACAGGAGGUGUACUCUCCCCACCUCAGGCUUUGCCAUUCCAUGUGCGCUAAUGAAAGGAUGGGAAGCUCUCAAAGCAGAGCCAUAUCACUGAAUAGAACUUAUUGCACAAAAAUAAGUAACUCUCUCUCGCUCUCUGAUGAAAGAUGACCAAAUACUUCUUAUUUAAUAAAAAUGUUUCAUAAAUCUGGAUUGAUUAUAUUUUUGCAGUGUUUGACAUAUUGAGGGCUUGAAAAGACUUGAAGGGUUGCUGGGUUUCUGGAUGUCCUCUGUAAAUUUGUUCAGCAGUAAAAAGGCUGCAGCUGCUGCACAUGGAGGAUCCUAUUGCAACCAAUUCUCCUGUAAAUUCAACAGAAAUUCAAAUCCACUAGUAAACUAAAGCUGUUACUUAAAAUUGACCACAGAUUAUUUGACACUGCCUCAUUAUACUACCGUUUAAAAUAGUUCAUUACUCCGUGUGGAAAUGGGACAAGCUGAUAAUAAAAAUAACAUUUCUGAAUCAGGCAAACUUAAGUUAUAGCUGGGGUAGGAGAAAAAGAAGGCAUAUUCUAACAAUGAAACUGGAUAAAUCAUAUUUGAACUCACUCCAGCUCAGUUUAAAUGUUAUUCAUUCUAUGUUUGAAUACACACAUGGUGGUUAUAUAAGUCUGUUAGUUUAUUUCCAACCCUGAACACCCCUGGUAAACCUGAUCAGGGAAUAAAAUAAAACACAGAGAAAGAGAGCGAGCAGAGGUAUCAGCUUGUUUCUGCCUACCAGGACCAGACCACAAAUAGACCACCACCCACCGACAGCAGAAACCAGCUCAAUGUGGGCGCAGCACUCUCUUCCGCCCACACACACAUUCACAUACACAAACACACACUCGUACUCUCACACACACCGAACACACUCUGCUCACACUGUGCACCUUGGGAGAGCUUGCCCUCCCACCAACCAGUCAGAUGCUCUCAUAACCUCUUACCCAUAAUCCUUAGCAAAUAGAGAGAGUAAACAUCCUCACUCUGAGAACACGGAUCAGUCCUUUAAAAAUGAAUAUCAGUCUCUUCUGAUGAGUUUUUAUCAAUGAACAGGUGAAGAAUAUAAAUGUCUGUUUUAUUUCAAAGAAAGAAGAUAAAAAGAGUGAAACAGACAGUGCGCCAACAUUCACAUCUGAGCUGAUAUUCAGUCAUAUCUGGAUCGUUGUCAGCCAAGGGUUAGAAAACAGUGGAACAAGUGUAUAAAUAUUUAGACACUAAAAGGCUGGUUAUCUCUGUGAGAGGAGGGUCGGACUGACAUGUAAUAGGAUUCUUAAAUGAUUCUUAGUAACCAUAUAAAACAUAAAGGUGAGCAAUAACUCAACAUAGAUAAUUUAAAAAAUACAUAUAGGAAAACCUAUAUAUCAAGGUAAAAUCAAAAGAUAACUAUCAAAAAAUAAACCAGAAAAUAAAAGCAUGUUUUUACAAUACAAGUAAUUUAACAACCUGAAUGAAAGACAGUAAAAAUGUUCAAAUAAAAGACCCUCUCUGCUAUGGGGGCCAACAUCAUUCGAAAUGGAUGAUGAUAUGUAACUUUUGUACAUCUUUUGCUGUGUUCCAGUUACCUCAGAAGUCGGAUGUCAGAGCUGGGAAUGACGUUACACCCAAGUUGACGGGGUUCCAGUAAACAAGUGGGAAAACCAAGAUGGACGGCUGUUAGCCGUUGUUAGCAAUUGUCAGCUGUUGUUAGUUGUUGUUAGCUGUACCAGUAUUAUACUCUUACAAACACCAUAGUACCGUAUUCACAGUUAGACGUUGGGCAAUACAACAUAUACCACUUAUUUAAUUUCACAAAAACAAAACAGAAGUACGAAAAAAUAAUACAUGAUGAGAGCCCCACUGUUACUCUUCACUGUUGAUACACUGCACUCCCAUCUUGGAUUAUGAUGUCGUCAAGUCAGGGUUGAUUAGGAUCGUCUGACUUCAGGGGGGAGUUCCAGAUGAAUUUCUAACUCGGAGCUCGGAAAUUCCAACUUAUGAGUACAACUGGAAUGCAGCAUUUCAAUAUCAUAACAACAUGUGAUAAUAAGCAUCAAAUCAGCAGCGCCCCUCACUAAGCAUAUUAAUAACCAUAAUCUUAAUGAAAUGUUAACAUAGUUUUCCCUAUGUCAACCUUAAAUCUAGCUGCUUGCUGGUGUUGAAUAUAAAUUCAUAAAUGGAUAAUGGAGCUCUGUCUUUCUUCUGAAUCCGUCAUGUUAUGAAAUCUUUAGCAUAGCACAUUGUAUUUGUCUAUUAUCAUAAAUUAGGAAUCUAUCUAAACCUUGUUACUGGCAAAGAUGACCAUAAUCGUCAGAUGCUGGAUGUAAAUGUCUUUUUAAUGUAUUCCUGAGAAGGUGGAUGCCGCAGGUUUAUUUAAAUUAAAAAUAACUGUAAAUUCAAGUAAUUACAAACUUUGACAUACCAAUCAUCAUCAGGGGGAGACCAGGGGGUUACUCUCAAAUUACCAGAGGUCCUCAGAUAAACUUGUGUUAUGGUCUGGAUACAGUACAGGAUGUUUUUAAAGUGAACUGUCAGCCUUUAAGUCAUUUUAUUGACCCACUGAGUAGCUCACACCUUAAUGAAAUCAUCUCCUGUGUUCAUGUUUGCUACCAACACAGACAGAGGUAGAAUAAAUAGACCCGAGGAUAUCAAGUCCCUGACACUUCCUAAAGGCAGUGUCUGUCUGUAGAUAUCAUGCCCACAAAUCUUCUUUUGCAAAAAGCCUCAACCUGUAAUGUUGCUGUUUAUCCAAAGAUGAAGGAAAGGUCUUCUUAUUUUACUCCAUAAGAAGAUCAAAUAACCACAUGAGAGAGAGCGGAAAGAGUUUGAAGUGUCAGUCAGAGUGAAACACUGAGAGGUGCAACACCUGCAGAGACAGAGAUUAACGCAGACAAAGGAUGAGUUGAUGUAAAUCUUUUGAAAACAGAUGAAUUGUCAUUAUGAGCCAGAGGUGAGGAAAUAAUUGAUGUGUGAGUGAUAAAAUAGUUCAAAUUUCACCUUUAAAAAUGAUGAAACUUCUGCGUCUCUUAGCGUGUCAGUUUUUCCUCCUCAGAGCAGUUAACAGCGAAAGCAGAGACAUCAGUCUGAAAGGAAGUCAGGUUUUUAUUUAUUCCCACAAGACGAGAGUAGAAAGUGACUGAAAAGUGAGGAAACAGGUCAGAAUGAAUUCAAGAGUGUAAGGUCUGUGGGUCGUUUGGGGGUCACCUCUUGUUUGCUGAAGUUGAGAAAGCAUCUUAAAGGGUAAUUCUGAUGUUUUUGCUUAUUUCUGAUAUGAAGAGUUUCUUCAUGUUUGCAGUAGAUGAAUAGAUCCUGCAGCAGGUAAACAGGCUGUUAUGUCCCAAUAUGAUCGCCUCAAAGUUCUUAUUUUUGUUACUGACAGGUUAAUUUGAGUGUUUGACAACAUUGCAGUAACAACCCCUACAGAGAAGGACCUUUAUGCUUGAGAAGAAGAAGGUUUGAACAAAAACAGCUGCUGCAUCACUCUAAAAAAAGAAACAUCAGAUUACACUGAUAACUGAAUGGCUGAAUAAAAAGAGUUGGAUGAUAUAGGAAAAGGUAACAUUGCACUAUUUUUCUUUUCUGCAUUAUCUAUUAUGAUAUGAAAAGUACACGUAUCAACACACUUUAAUAAAUCUAAGUAUUAAAAGGGUAUUAUAAUUCCUAUUCUCAAUAAUUGGGGUCUUCAGUUCUGUUUUCUGCAUUUAAGUCAAAUCUUCCCACUGCUAUUACCAUCUUGUGUCCAGCUGUGUGACACCGUCAUGAGAACGUGCAGAGACAGUAGGAAGGAGUGCAGGUGAAGCAACAGGUUAUCUCAUGGACUGCAAGAGCAAAAGUAGUUUACUCGAUCACUACACUCAAUUAAUACUUUCUGGCAGUUUUAGAGGUUGUUUUAUGGAGACCAAAUACCAAAUUGCACCAAAACAUAGUGGUUUAUUUCGCUAUCAGCUUUUUAAUUUUAAUGGCUUUAAACAGCUACUUUUGGUUUGAAUAAGAAGAUAGGUGGUGUGUGUUUGUCUGGACAGAUUUAAAAGAGAGUUAUUGUUGGCAUCAUUCAUCAAUUCUCCACCCUGUGUGUUGGGAUUUUCAGGUGUCUGUUGCUCCAUUCUCUGUUCCUGUCUGCAGGUACAGACUGAGGUCAGUGUUUGUGCUGAAGUAACAUUGUUGUCUGCUGUGUCCAGAGGUGUGUGGGUGCUUGUGAAUGCGUUAUUUAUAAUGAAUGACCACAUUUAAACACACACUCACACAUACACACACCUGUCCCUUUCCCAGGUGCUGUUGGGAGAUAAACAUGACAAGAAUAAAGAAUGUCCUCUGUCUGCAGUGUGUUUUCUCCUGUUUGCUGCUUUAUUUACCUCCAGUCCACACACACACACACUCUCUCUCUGUCUCUCCUCACUCACUCACUCGCACACACACUCACAGAGUGUGUUGCCUCCUCUGUAUAUAGAUGAUCAGUGUGUGUGUGCUUGUGUUGGUUCAUCAGCUGGUUGUUCUCUGACAGUCUGCUGUGAGUGAGGAGAAAUUGAUUCAACUGUAAAGAUGACUGAGGCUCAGCCAAAGAAAACAGCAGGAGGACGGGGGCGAAUGAGACAAAAGGGGGUCAGAAACAAGUCAUACACAGACCCUCACGUGAAUCAGGCUUUGAACACUUAGAAUAACUGUUGGUCAGCAGUGUGAUGGUUUUCAAUAUCACAGUUUGACUUAAAAAUUUGAAGAGCUAUAGAUUUUGUUUUUCUAAGAUAAUAGAGUCACCUGAACCUCCGACUUCAGAAAUAUUAGAUGUAAUCUUUGUAUUUGUCCAGUCUCAGUUAUGAGACAUCCACAAUCACCAAGUUUGACUUAUUAUAAUGGUAAGAAUGGUGCUAAAAGUUGGAUCUCAGUGCAAAUAACCACAUGUAGAGUUAGGUGUGUGCUAUUUAGUGAGCUGGUCUUCAUUAUUCAUCAUGCUGGUGGGGUAAUAUUUCACAAAAAGGUUAGAAACUCUGCCCUGCAGCUUACAAAGGUGCUAACUUGUAUUGCAGGGAUGUUUUCACUGUAGUUAACACCUGUUUGCAUUUCCUCUCUGUGCAGCAGGGUCUUGGUACGAUUUUCCAGGAACGUUCCUGAAAGUGCAGCCCAGUGUCUCAGGGAGGAAAACAGUCGAACAACGGGAAACUAUAUCCGGGUCCUGUGGGACAGAGAGAGCUUUUUGUCCACCAAACAAUGCAAACAGUUAAGGCUGUGUUUCCUAAAGAGUGGCUGGAGGAGUCAGACAGUGUGGUUCUCUGCUAAAAUGUGCAGUUAAAGGAGUGUUACAACUGUGUUUGCAGGUUUUUUUAGGUUCAAUGUGCUGAUAAAGUGUUGGUCCCAGCUGUAGCAUGUCUCCAAUAAUCCUCCUUAUUCACAAAAAGCAUUGGUGAUGGAUGCAGUUGUCAGUAUGUAGAAAUAAGAGAUGUUGUGUGUUUAGUGAUCAGUUUCGUUUAACGUUGAGGCAGUAGAGUGUUUAAGACCCCCGAGACCUCCUCUGACAACCUCAGCCAUCACUGCCAUCGACCGGCAGCUGUCCAGAGUUAAGUGCAUCUGAUUUGUGGGUCUGUGUGUUUUCCUCUGUCCUCCUGUCACGUGUCCCUCAGCUGCUCUGUUUGCAGAGAGAGACAGGGAGUUACAGAGACCCAGCAGGUCCACCUCUGUUCACUGUACUGUGACCCUGUGAGGAGCUCAUAAAUCUCCCCUCCUCUUCCCCUCUUUCCUUCCUCCUUUAUCCCUGUUUUCCUCCUUGGCCCCUCAGUCUCAUUAGCAGGGAUCCUGACCUCUCUGGGCAGAUUGUGAGGUUAGCUUACCUUUUUUGUUUACUAAAGCAUAUCUGCCGGUGAGUGUUUUAAAAGUCAUUUGUACAGUGACUCAGAGGAACCAUGCACCACUUCUUCUCUUCACUUUUAGAGCUCUGGGUUAAUUUUGCUGAUGACACUAAAUAAAUGAAGUACCAGAUUUCAUUUGAAAAGAGAUAUUUUUACACUGUUUCAUCUUAAAAAAUUCAUGAUUAAAACUUUUUACAGCUCACUUUCUAAUACUGCCUGGAGAUCCAACAAAUCAUUCAGUCUUAUCAAGCCUCAUUCAGUGUUGUCUGUAACAUCAAGACUUAAGUUUGUAUUUUGUAAUGAUUCAGCGCCAUGUCUCUCACUUUUGUUGUUAGGUGGUGCACACUUAUGAUCGAUACAGCCCCUCCCUUUUUUAUGUUCAUUCUGUCCCUUGGCUUUUCAGACACCCACAGAAACACACCCCUAUUUCCUCCUGCUCCUCUCUUUGCUCUCCUCUUUCCACUUGUUGCUGCCUGGUAGUUUGAACUGCUGUAGCACAACAUGUUGAAGAUGUCUUCUUUAGUCUUUAUUUAUCUUAGUAGGAGCUGUGACUUCCUCAUGCUCCCAAACUUUGUUUGAUGUUGAUCUGAGCUGUGUGAGAAGAGGGCAUGCCCAUGCUCUGCUGUAAAGGAAGGGAGGAAGGGUGAGAUUCGUUCAACUCACAAGACAUAACAGGGUCAACACAACGGGCAGCACAAUAAUCUUUCAGCCUCAAUGAUCGUAUUCUAUCAUAUUUUACAAUUGAAAUGAAGAUCCGAUUAAUUGCCCAGCUCUGUUCUGAAGCCCGGUGUAUUUUAGUAAAAAGAGAAUGAAAGCACUCUCACUGACUGGUUUCCAGCCAAAACAAGCCAAACAACCAAGGGACAUAAUUCAACCUCUCUGCGCCUUGAAUCUCACUUUGGUGCCCAAAUUUUGCACCACCUAACCAGCAAACAGCAGUUAGUUACACCCUAAUUCACUUUGUGCAAUCCAUUUUACACAGUGCAUUUUAGAUCACUUAUUAAUGUGUAUUAAUUGUGAUCCCCUACCUUUAAAUCAUAGAUACACACAUAAUCCACUUUUUGUAUUCACAUGAUUGGUCCAGAACAUAAACACAACACUUCAGAUGGAAGCUCCUAUCCAACGUCUAGCUGGUGUUGUUUCUGUAGCUGUAUCUCUGUGCUCUCACAGCCUGGCUCUGUUUUCUCUGUUGUAUUAUUUGUGUGUGUGAAACAAACCCUGACAGGACUGUUGGGGUCAACGGUCACUCUUGUGCAAUCCAUCAUCUAUAUCUUGUGUGAUGCAGAAAACAACAAAUCCUGAGCCUCAUUGUCGCUCGCCUCCAUGUUUCCUGCUCUCUUCAUCAUCCUGUUUUCCCUUUCCCUCCAAACAACCUUUCUCCUCACUUUACCUCACCCUUCAUUUCACCCCACUUUACCUCACUCUUUAUUCUGCUACCUUUUUUAUUCCUGUCCUCCCCCUCUUCCCCUCCCUUCCCCUUUUAAUUAUCUCUUCUUUUUCACUUCUUACCCCCUCCUUCUUUCUUUAUUAUUCUCUCACCUUUUUCUCCCUCCUCCUCCUCCUCCUCCUCACCCAGCAUAAACUCUCCCCUCAUGUUACCUCUUUGCCGCUCUCAUCAGCCGCUUUCUGCCUCAUCUCCCCCGUCCACCCCCUCUUCUCCAUCCCUGUGUACUCUCUGUGUAGCUUGAAGCCGAUAAUUAGCCGAGCGUACAGUCUGCCUCGCUGUGUUUGUGGCCUGGGGCGACUGGACGUCCUCAACUACCCCAGAGAGACAUCAUCAUCUUAACCAGCAGCAGCAGCAUCUUCAUCACCAUCGCCAUCAUCACCAUCACUCUGACCUCAGAGUCAGGACAACACACAAACAUCCAGCUUCUUACAUAUUUAUGUAAUAAUAUUCAUAGAUACUAACCAAUCAAAACCUCCUGACCUUUGAUAGAUGAUGGGAAUUUUCGUGGUUUUCUCUUUACAGUGUCACCUGUCAGUGGGUGUGAUGUGUUAGGCAGCAGGUAAACAUUUUGUCCUUGUAGUUGAUGUGUUAGAAGCAGGAAAAUAGCUACAAAUAUGGCCUGGCGAUAUGGCCUGAAAUCAAUAUCACAAUAUACUGAGCAGAUCAUCUCGAUAACGAUAAAUGGAUGAAAACUACUCCACAAGCUGCUCACCCCCUCCCACAUUAACUCCACGUUACUUCAGCCACCACUCCAGCUGCUACAACUUUUUAAUUGUCCUCCAAUUAAUUGUCCUCACCUGUCUUUCCCUCUUUGUUAUGGACUGGGUGGGGUGAAGCCAGGUCUCCGACGUAGGACAGCAUCUUAAAGGGACAUGAGACCAUAGCCUACGUACACACAUCCAAAACCAACUUUUAUUUAUUUUUUUGAUGCCAAAUAUAUUGACAUGGGCAAAAUGACGUCAGUUUCUGUCAUAAAUUUCGCCCAGCCCUAGUUAUAAACCUCUACCAUUAUUUACCAUAGCUUCACAUAUGCUCAUAAUUCCUUAAAGCUGCUUGUGUGAACACAAACAGCAAAAAUUUCAUCUAUCCUGUCCUUAGACAUUUUCUCGCCAGCCCUGUACAGCAAGACUUAAGUCCCUUUAUAUGAUUGCAUGUGUCCAAAGCUCCCUGAAAACCAAACCAAACCAAGAAAUAACUGCAUACAGAUUUUCACCUGUCUUUUUUUCUUGACCGGGCACAAAGGAGCUCCGCACAUGUGUUUUACAAAGAGGUCUAACCCUUUAUCCAUAGAAAACAAGGGUUGCCCACUGAAGCCAUGGCUUAUGACACUGCUGACCCACCACACACCAUGGGAGCUGGCAUACACAACAGCUUGGACUGUUUCUGAGUGUUUGAAAAGUGAAUGCCACACUGACAUGCAUAGACAACAACAAUUUUUUUUUUUUUUUUUGCCACAGCAACUUACAUCCCUCCCCCAGAAAAGUUUGUCUUCUCCCCUUUUCUCUCUCGUACUUUCUCUGAGCCAUGCUGUGGCCAGUUCACAGAAUGCACAUAUCUACAUCUCCUGAUAUGGGGCUCAUUGGCUAUUCAUGGGUGAGGUUGCAUCCUUAUUGCUGACUAGUGGGAGCACACUGUUACUUUAUGAUUGUUUGGCAUUCAUGAACAUAUGAACCUAAGGUCAAAUCUGAGUUUUCUGCCAUGUUCAUGAAUCCUCUCUGCAGUAGGCGUGUGGAUCUAUAAGCUGUAGUUAGUAGCCCUGUCAUAAUGUCCCAAAAAACCUAGCGGAGUAUCUGAUUUCGAGGGUGGUAGACAGUUGCAUGUGGGAUUCCUAUGUUGGCAUUAGUGUGCAUGUGUUUGUCUGAGCAGCUGCAGACUAGAGCCCUUAUAUGCAGGCAGUAUUGAAGCAGGAGAAAAACAUGGUUAUUCUCAAUUGUGGGACUAAAAGGAGUUUUGGUUUUGUAGCAUUUUAGGUACAUUGAGUGACACAAGUGUGACAUAAAAAAUGUAUUUUUCUUUAAUUGGGUCAUGAAGAACUUUCACCCUUUGUCCAUAAAAACAAACAAUCAUUCAGGCUUGUUGGACUGCUCACAUUUCUUUUUAAUAACUUUUGUAAACGAGAUAUAAGAACACAAUGAUAUGAAAAAUAAAAUAGGAUUUUAGAAAACUUAAAAAUCCGACCUGGUCCUCAGAGUGACCAUUUUCUCCCUUUCUCUUGAUUCAUCACCUCUUUAUAACCUAUAACCCCUCUCUCUAGACACUUACUCAGUGUAACAGCACACAUAAAUUUAACCUGUGUUUUUACUACCACUGCCUUGAACGCGUCUCUCUAUAAUGGGAGAGUUCUCCUUUUUAUUUGAUUUCAUCAAUGCAGUCAGUGUGCACUGUGUGAAGCUUUAUAUCAGCUCAGUUAAGACUGUCUGGCAUUUAUAUAGGCUAAUAGUCUUCAUGAGGUUCCUGUUAAACUGCCUGUGGCUGCUCUAUGAGUCCUGCAGUAUCCCUCUGUACCUGCUGAGGAGCCAUCUGAAUAUCUGCUGAUCUCUUCAUGUGACUGAACAGCAGCAGAUGAUGCCUCUCUUUAAAUUUAUCACAAUGAAUCAGAGCUGCUCUCUGUGCUCUCUGUAGAGUCUUUGUGAUAAGACAGGAAACUGAAGAGGGAUGGCCGCAGAGAAGAAGAGUUUGUGCAAAGUUUUCACAAGCACCAUUCCUCCAAACUUUAAUACACUGCUGCUUUUACUGCUGUUCAGAUGUGGGAUGUUUGAUGGUGACAGAAGCUUUAAAGCAGACUGCAGUCUUUUAUUUUAAAGCAGUAAAAGUCUGUUUUGAAUCAGGUUUAAAUCCUCCCACAGACAGUCGGUUGCUGUUAUAAAUGAAUUACACAGUGCAGCAGUCUCACUCUGAUGUAAAGCAGGGGUUUCUUUGCAGUGAGGAUGAUGUUCAGUGCGCUUUGGAUCUGACGGGCUGGCAGAGCUUCAGAGAAGAGGAUCAGGGGGUUUCUGUUGGUGUUUGGGUUCUCAGUGAUGUAACUUUAAUCCUGAAUACCAGACCUCCUCAGCCAGGUUUGGUCAGGUUUGGCUGCCGUCCGCAGAGUGUUUCUCAGACAGGAGGUCACACACUGUAUCAAUCAGCUUACAGUGGAUCCAGACUGCUUACAGGAAGGGAGUUCCUCUGUUUUAUGUGUGUGCAUACAAUAUGGACAUGUGUGUAACAUAUGCUGUCUGUGAAUUGCUGUAUAAUUCACUCACUGGAUACAUAAGGAGUAGUUAUCUGUGCUUAUAAACAUCCAUUUGAAUAUAUCUGCUAUAAUUAUAUGUGCUAUUUAAUAGACCUUUGUUGGGCAGACAUUACCGUGACAUUACAGUGUUAGCCAGAGGCAAAAUGAAGCAAAGCUAAAGCGACACAUGAUAUGAGUCGCCCCCACAGUGUAGUGAGUGAUAAAAGGAGUCUUCAAAUGUUGUUUUGUUGUGUUGUUGAGUACCAGAAUAGAAGAACUAACAGCAAUGUCUCAUAAAUUUGUGAAACAAGGGAGCCAUUAAAAGGAGUACUUGACUUCUCCAAAAUGCCUCAGCUUUUGUUUUUUGUUUUUUUUUCUGAGUGGUGUAGAGAGGACAAAAUAAGCUUUCAGUGAGUCAGGCUGAUGUUAGAUUGUCUGUGCCCACGUGAAUGAUGGUUUUUGAUGACGUGUGGUUUAUUUUGAAGAGCUUCAGGGCUUUGUUGUACACAAGCUGUGGCUCCUUAGAACCAAAAAUCUACUGCUGAGCUAAAGCUAAAGCUGACUGUCUUUGUGAGUCACUUUUGGCCGAACCAGGGCUGUGUGCUCAAGUGGUGGCUGACCUAAGGGUAUGGAGCUGGUUGUCCUGGGUAAGAGGGGCAAUAGUAGAGCUUUGUGACCUGUGUUGUCACUAGUGACUGACAGGGUGAGACACCACUUGGACCUAGAGGUGGCUCUGACAGAGGCUGAGCUGGACUGACUGGGUCACGGGUUGACAGUGAAUGGCUGCUGUGCCUGUUAGUAACCUCAGUACUGACACUUUUCUCUCUUCUUUCCUGUUUCCAGGUAAUGACCUGUUCCUGGUGGCGGUCCAUGAGCUCGGCCACGCUCUGGGGCUUGAACACUCCAAUGACCCGACGGCCAUCAUGGCUCCGUUCUAUCAGUAUAUGGACACCGAAAACUUCAAACUGCCGAUGGACGACCUGCUGGGGAUACAGAAGAUCUACGGUAAGGAAACCUGGGUUCAUCAAUAUGUCUGUGCUAACCCCUUAUCAAAGCUGGCUGUGGUCAUGCACUCACUUCUUUAUUGUUGUUAUAGAAUUUCAUCAUCUCUUCAAAUAAGGCUGUAACACUAGAGAUUAUUUGUUUGUGAGAUGAAAAAUAAAUGUUGAGACUACAAUCUUUUAAACUUAGCUUGAGAUAUAUAAACAUUUUACUUUAAAUCUAGACAAAUAUUGUAUGUGUAAUGCAUAAAAAAUUAUGAUAGAAAUUUAAACUAAAAGGGUUCUUUGCGUCUAGACUUACUGAUUGGUCAUGAAUUUCCAGUCCAGGGUAAAUUGUCUGUGCGAUCAUGAAAAGAGCUAUUAACAAACAGACAUCAGAGUUAAACAAAAAGGGAGUAAGAAAUACACUUUGUUGUUUUGAAGGGGGCUUGGCUAAUAGGAUUUAGUGAUGCUGGUGUCUUAUUUGGCAUCCCUUGCCACUGUUGUCAAACAUAAGGGUCAGACUCUGCGUGGAUUUUGAUGGGUAAGAUAACAUAAAAAUAACUUUAUUCAUCCCUGAGGGAAAAUGCGAAUCAGAGUAUGACCCGUUUAAAGCACAUUUCAGUAAAACAAGGGUCCAUGUAAAAAUUGCUGUGUUCAUUUAGCUUGGCUAAGGCCUGAAGCUGUUGUUACACCAUGUCGAAGAGGUACAUCUGAUCAGACUUAACCACAGACAGGAAAAGACGUUUCCUUCCUUUUAAAACAAAAGCUUCUAAAAUAACAGUUUUAUAAGGCAAUCUCCUCUUAAAUGCUGAACAUCAACUGGAUUGCAUUGAGCCUAAAAAAAUCCUAAAUGGAAUUUGUACUGUGAAGUCAGCAUUAUGAAUUGUAUCAUGAGUUUAAUCGGACAUCAUAUUCUGCAGGUUGGACUGAACUCAAACAACCAGGAAUUGACAUAGAGUUUUGAUACUUAAGAGAAAAUGUUGACCAUGUUACUCUCUCCAGUUCAGAAGCAGAUAUUUAGGAAUAAAGAUUUUAUUCAACAGUAGGAAAUAAAAAAAGGUUGAGUAUAUAAUAUCACAGGGGUAAUUGGGUCGUGAAGCCUGCAGUCUGAGUAAUAACAAGAUCUCUGGUUUAUUUGAUGCGAUAAUGUAACCCCGCUUUAACAUCAGGUGUCUUUGACAAACAUAUUUAGCACUGAUCUGAGGAUCUGACCUGAUUCACAGCAUGUAAGACUGAUCACAGCUCAGUCACACACCAAGAUCACAGCAGAAACACGGCUGUUAUAUUCAAUUUGAUAGAUUUAUAGAUUCUGACAGCAUUGGUCCAGAACUCAGAGUCUGAAAUGUAGAUGAAAGCUCCAUUCAGGCAGAUGAGCUUUUACUGGUUAUUCCAACGUUUAGUAGCCUGCUGUGUUACCUCAGCUUCAGAUUUAGGUUUAGAGACACUUGUUGGGCAGUGACAGUGUUGUUCAUACAGCUGCUGAAUUACACACAUGCACAGAAAACAAGCUGCCAUCUGCCAACAUGACCUCAGCUCGCCCCUGUGGGAGUGACAGACCCGGGCAAACGAUCACAGCUCUGCUCAUCUCUUUCUCUUUAACUCUGCUGACCCUUAGUCAACUCUUCUUCCUCCUCUUUUGCUGUCUUCUCCUCCUCCACCCCCUCUCUUUCUUUAACCCUAACCCUUGAAAAGAAUUGCCACUUUCUGUUAGAAUAGCUUUAGACUCCCAGUGAUGGUAUACUUAGAGAUAGUAAAGAGCCGUCAGUUCAGUCUCUCUGACCCUCCUCUCCUCAUAAUGAUGUUGUGGUGUGUCAGCGAGCGAGUACAGUUGUUAUGUAAGAGAGCUCAGAGCUGUAAUCUGGAUCAGUUUCAGAAGAUUUUACUAUGACUGAGUCUGAGAGGAGAUAAUCCCCUGAUCAGCUCUCUGACUUACUCUUUAAAUCUACAUCUACCUUUUGUUCAUCUGUACAACUCUCUAUUUAUAUACUGCUGUUGCUGCUCUCUAAUUAGCUAAUCAUUGACUUGGCUGUAAUAUGCACUUCCUUUUAUUAGUGUUCACACCUUUGAGUUUACAGCGGCUUUCAGGCUCAUUAUUGUAUAGAGUUAAAUUAGGUGGCCCACGAAGUGCAUUCAUCUCCUCCUGUUUGUGUUGAUUCUGAGCAGACUGACAAAUCAGAGUGUGUUUCUCACAGAUGAACAAAGAUAUUCAGCCUCAUGAUGUCUCACCUCUUCUGUUUUUGUUGAUACAAAAAAAAAGUGAAUAACGGCUGUUUUGUUCAUGUACAUUUUUCUCUGACUGUUUUGGCAUGUUACUAGAGCAAAGUUUACAGCAUCCCUCUGUUUCCUGCCUUGGUGCAGAGUUAUAAGCUAGCCAACUGCUGUCAUAGCUCCAUAUUUACCAAAAGGUGUGCCAGCAAUAUUUAGAAAACCUAAUCUAUUCCUCCGUGUCUCCCUGCAGGUCCUCCUGACAAACUCCCACAGCCCACCAAACCCCUGCCCACGGCACCCCCACCUCGUUCUCAUCCUCCCUCAGACCCCCGCAAACCAGACAGACAGACCCGACCCCCCAGGCUGCCCCCUGGAGACAGACCUUCCCACCCCAAUGCCAAACCCAACAUCUGUGAGGGUAACUUCAACACGCUUGCCAUCCUGAGGAGGGAGAUGUUCGUCUUCAAGGUGAGUCUGUUAGAAACAAACACACCUGAAGGUUGAGGGGUAUGAGGAUUGGGUUUGUUUGGACCCUGAAGCUGUGGGUGUGAGAGCACAAGCCAAACAAACCUGGAGACUGUGUUGGUGAAGUAGUUCCACACUAAACAGAUGUAUUCCUGCAGCAGAACUCUGCCUUUAACUGAAGUUGGGUGAACUGAAAAAAAUGCACCUGGAGAAGAACUCAUGUCUGGAUUCAGACCAGGGAGAGUGGAUCAGUAAAUGUAAGGACCUCUGCAGAAACAGGGCGCCUGGGAUUACCCAUAUAUGUGUUUAGAUGCAGAGAGAAGGAGCUGUUCUGUCAAUCUGCUUCAUUUUCAAUCUGCUCAGGUUUACUUGUUUGAAAAGUUUCUCGAGGGGAGCAUUAGCAGAGUUAAGCUUGUCCUCAGUCUGUAGCAGAUGAAAAAUCUAGGUCUGUCCUCAGUCAUAUUAAACCCACAGUGCGUGUGUGUGUGUGUGUGCAUGUGUGUGUGUGUUUUACUGCUCAGUUAAAGAGCUGUUGUGCCUAAAAGGAACUCGCUCAGGUCACUCUGGGACAGUUGAACUGGAAUUUGGUUGAAACGGAUGUUUAAUUCAGAUGCUAUGCACUCUGCUGCAGCACAGUUUAAUCUGAAACUCUGGAUUUAUGGUUAUUCCCUCUGUCACAGUGAGCAGGAGAGCUGUCUGACUCCCCUCUCGUGCAGGAGAAAGAGAGAGAAGUGUUGGUCCACCUCAGAGCUGCCCUGUGCCUCAGUGCUGAAUCAGAGAGAGACUAUCUGUGCAGGGAUAUAAAUAGAAAGCUUUCAGUGUUAAAUCAGAGCCGUGUGGAUCCAGCAGGGAUCCCCCACCCCUCGCCAUUCUCUGUCCUCUCUGAACUUUACUCCAGUUUAAGGCCGAAGCUGCAACCUGUGGAAGUGUUUCACUGAAAUCUGACCCAGAUUUUCCUCAUGGUGGGGAUAAUAAUGUCUCUUUUCAAACGCUGUAGAAUGCUGCUGUGAAUGAUUGGAUUUCUGCAGACUGUCUGUGUGCACUGUGCAGACUGAAGAGAUAUUCAACAAUCACUCGGCUUCUGUUUCUGUUUGAGUUUAGGAAGUGAAGUGAAACAAGGCCAGCUGGGUCUGAAACACUUUAAUAUAUCUGUGGUUGGAAAUUAAAUUUUUUGCAUCGUUGCUCAGACAAAUUGUCUUGGCACAACUUCAUGAAAAAUAAAUUCUGUGGUGUGGCUAUGCCAAAGUCUGUAGCUUCUGCUGGAAUAAAAAUCAUACUUUAUAUUGGUGUUGUGCACCUGAUUUCAAAAUCAAGAAUGUUCUCUCUGUUUGGAGCUUUGUUUCCUCCUCAUCACAACUGACAGACCAAUGUGCAGAGGAAGUAAACACUGGAAAUACUCAGCUUACAAAGACAAGAAAGAGGGCCCUCAGAUGUGUGUUUGAUGUAGAUUGAACUACAUGAGUAAAGUAAUAAAGAGAGCUAACAAAGUCUGGACAUUAUAGCCUGCAACAACCCCCACCCCUGGAGGCAGCAGCAUUUUUCAGUGUAAACAACAUAAAAGCAUUUUUAUUUACCUGUUUUCAUUCCACUUUAUUUAAAGGGUGAAGUUAUUACCUCAAGAUGGGUGCAGCAGUAUUACAGUGCAGUGGUUCCCGCAUGUAAACAAUACCUUGGCAGGACUCCCAAGUAUAAUUCAUGACCAUUUUUUCAUCAGUACAAGGUUUGCUUCAUUGAUCAGUCAUUACGUUUACAUGACACUCAAGAAAAACAAAUUAUUGCCUUACUCCGAUUAAGACCGGACAACUGAAUUUCAUGUAAACACCUUGGUCUGACUAGAAUUGGAGUUUGAGAACUCUGAUUGGAGCCGGAGAACCCAGAUUAAGACACCUAGAUGAUGCGAUUGGAAUUGGAUUUUUUCUUCCAUGUAACCAGCGUAGUCAGAGUAUAAUCGGACAAUGCAUGUGCACCACGCUCUCGUAACCCCGGAACAAAAACACCAGAGAAGAGGAGUAGCGUGCAUCUCAUCUGCAGAAAAAGUAGUGCGUACAUCAUGUAGGACAAUAACAACGCUGAACUGAUGCUCCAUCUUGUUGCUCAAAAUGCCCAGCAGCAGUUGUAGCCACUUCUGACGUCUGGCACGGACCUGCUGUUGUUGUUGGGUCAACCGGAAAAAGUGCAGCUGAAAAGACCCAUAUCGCCCUCAAGUUUUGGGGAGGAGGACACAUUCACGUCAGUAAUUCGAUUUUCUCAGCUGGAUGUAUACGCGGACAAGGAGAGAAGUCAGAUUUGGUGAAAAAAGAUGAAUUAUGAACUUAGUCCAAUUAAGCUGUACUCAAACACAUAUUUGUUUGAUUUUUAUGAGGCAUGACAUAUUACAUUUGGUUAUUAGCUUAGUGUUUUAAGUAUAUAGGUUGUUUCAAUACACAUGAGCAAUCAAUGCAGAAAGAUUCCCCAGACCACCAAAGCUAUCUGAAUACUCAGAGCUGCCUGAGCAUGUGUUUUCUGCAUUUACUUUAAGAUUGAUUGUGUCCUGGUUGCAUUCCUGACUGAAACCCAAUCAUGUGGACUUGUUUUUAUUUGAUCAAUCAAACAAAUGGGCGGAAAACUGGAAACACUGAGAGUCUAGAAUAAUUUUCUGUCAAAUGUUCUUGUUGCAGCAAUUCACAUCAGGUAGUUUGAGCCUUGCUCAACAGUGUAUGUCUGCAGAGAUUGAAUGUUAAACAUUGUUUAUGGUUCUGUAUGUUCUUAAUCUAUGCAAUGCUAUGAGUUAUAUCCAGUAUGUUGCUGUGAAAAUACGUGGAAAAAAUGCAUUUUUUUUUUUUUUUUUUUUUUUGCCAUAGGAUAGGUCUAGUGCUUUUUAAGCUCGUAAUGAUAAUUAAUCCUUAAUAUUUCCAAUAUUCCACGAUCUAUCAUGAACCAAACUUUGAAUUUGCAUUCCAAGUCUGUACCCUGGCCCCCACCCUGGAGGUGAGGUGUGCUCUCCGCCUCAGGCUUCCACAUGCACAUAUGGACAAGCAGGGCCAAAUAAAACUAUGAGGAAAAAAUAAUAAUUCUCUUGACGAAAGCGGUCCUGACUGAACUGUGAUUUAUCGAGUCUCUGGCUGUCAGCCCGUAUCUCUGGUCUGAUGGAAACAUGUGGAGUAAAAAUGUCCGUCAAAACGUUUAUGAUGAUUUUCUUUUAGUCCAUAAAAGAAAUGCAGCUCUCUGUUUUUUUUCUUCAGAGGGUGGGUCUGAUAAAGAGGAUGAGUUGCACAUGGAGCUGAGAUCAUAAAUCCUCUGUGUUCACAUCAUCAGGACCACCUGUAACAGCCUGUGGGCAGCAGUUUGCCCUGGUCUCUGUCUGUCAGGGAGUUUCUCGGGUGCAGGUGGUCCUCUUAUUUCUUCCUCCACACAGAGAGUUUCCAGCAGCUCAGAGGUUUCUGUUCUUUAAAUCACUGCAGACUUUUGACCAGCUGAUCUUGAGUUUGAAUCACAGAUCUAUGUGUGUGUGUGAUACAUAUUGACUUCUCAGAUUACCAAGGUCCUCAUAUUAGUCAGUUUUCUGGGUGAACUGAUGCAGAUUUACAGUCAGAGCUGUGUUUCGGCUCAGGUUUUGUCCUCGCUGUGGGUGAUGUGACUGAUUGGCUGCUCUGUUACUUCCUGAUGUAGAUCCUUUCUCUGGCUUCUCUCCGUCCUCUGCUGAUUGUUUUGGGAGAGUCGAAUCGAGUCGAGUCGAUGCCAAGUCAUUAAACCCAGAUCCCAGCAGCCCCUGAGGCCCACAGGUGGUGUGGAGAGGGAGGGGAGGGGGUUUACACAGGGAGGGUUUCUCUGAGGCUUUUACACGGUUUCACUUUUUCCUCUCUGACUACAAGUGAUCCAUCAACUUCUAUAGUUUACAUCUUAGGCUGGAGCGAUACCAAAAACCAACAAUCAUCAGCGUUUUAUCUGCUUUCAAAGCUUCAUCCGAGGGAACCUGUUGGUCUCCAAGCCAAAAGUAUCAUGUUAAUAUUCCUAUAGAACAGCUGUCUGUUGUUAAUUCAUCCUCCCUUCCAUCUGUUUAUUUGUUUGCUCAUUUGUUCCUGCAACUGGAACCUGACUCCUUCAUAGCUCUGAGAUUUCGUCCUGUUUGCUCUCAGCCUCCCAAAGGUCUUAAAGAAUACAGGAGUGUAGAUGAACAUGUAUUUGCCUACAGAAUAUUUCCUCUUACUGUAUAUAGAACAAAUUUUUGUUAUUUUGACAAAUUUUAUAGCUUCAAAAUCUGCUUAAUGAGAAUAACACUUCAUCUUUUGUGCACACUCUUAAAGGUUUAACUUUUCUACAUCCAUACUAGGGCUGGAUAUUGUCAAGAACCUCACAAUUCAAUUUAGUUUUGAUGUUUUGGGUUAAAUUUUGAUUCAGCUAUACGCAUAGACAAUGGUUAUCAUCUGUCGUGUAAUUUCAUAGUGUUGUUGAUGCAGUGUGGCUCCACUGUGGGUACGAUCUUCUUAAAGCUGCAUUUAACAGUAAUCCAGCAGACUCAUCUGAGCCACAGUUUGUAAAGAUCAGCGCAGUGUUAGUUUAAAAGGGUUGCAAAAGUUUAGCAUGUUAUUGUUAUAUUUUGCCCACCCCAGCUUAUAAACAUCCCAUCAGUGUCUUAUCGCAGUUUCACAUCUAAAUUUUGUAUCAUUUAGUUGUUGUUUUUAAAUUAUACUGUUUCCUUUUGUUGUUUUGUAUCUCUUUGUAAUUGUUUCAUUCUGUGGAUGUUUGUCAUAGUGUUUGACCAAUAUUGGUUAUUGGCUUAUACUGAUUAUUAGUUGUUUACUAGAGCAAAAACCAAUAUUUGGAACCAGUAUGCACUGACAGUAAAAAUGAAAAACUUUCUGUUGACAUUUAAAAUUGAGGAUAUCACAAACUCUUGUACAAAACACUUCAACGAAGCUUGAAGUUUAUAUUUUAUUAACGUGUCAAACAUAUAUAUUUGUUUGGCCAGUUGGCAUGGACAUACAUGUCACCUCAAGUUCAUUUGUCCACUUUCAGAGCGCAGAACUAGCUAAACUCAUUGAACAUGUGAAGAAAACUGCUGCAUCAGUGCUUGUAAAAGUAGAUCUCUGUCCUGUAUGGACUGGAUUUAUUAUGCUGCUACCAAAAAUGUGUGUUUAAAGCAGUGUUGACAGAACUACAAAGUCCAUAUCAUGGCAGAUUGUGACACCAGUGACAGGACUGAAACCCACAAACCGCCCACCACUACUUACUAGUUGUUUUGAAUCUCUUCAUAGAGGCUCUGGCUUCCUCUCCUUCACAUUUUUUUUUACUUUAGAGCUCCAACAAAGUAGCUUUUUGAUCAUAUAAUCUUUCUACCUGUUGGUUUAAAUUUUUAUCAAACUUGACUUUCUCACCAUGUUUCAGUCAUUGAAGCAAAUCAUGGAGCUGUCAAAGCGCAGAAAGUCUUUCUGUGCUGUGACGGGAAAAUGUAAAAAAAUGUAUGAGUAUUCAUUUAAUCUGCAGAAGAUGGAGCAAAUCAGCCGUGAUGCUCUGCAUGAAUUAGCAUGCACAAUGAGACAGAAUUUAUGCAGAAACAUGUUUCAUAUUUUAAACUUGUGCAAAGACUCAACAUGUUAUGACUGUUCUGUAGGUUUCUGUGAUUGCAGCUGAAGUUUGUAUGAGUGCAGUCUGCAGAUCAGAGCUUUAUUUUCAGAGUGGGAGUGGAGGAAGAACAUUUUCUUUUUCUUAAAAGUCAGAAUGAUUCAGAACGGUCAGAUUUCACAGUUUGAUCUGUUUUCAAUUACCCGGCCAGGCUGCGUUUAGAGGAAAACGCUGAAACAUGAAAUCUACAGAGGCAGACUGUACAGAGAAGGGGGAGGAGGAGAAGGAGGGGAAUGAAAAGAUGAGGAGAGGAGUGGAGGGAGAGCCCCGCAGAAACAAUCAAACAGAGAGAGAGAUGGAGCAGAGAGGGUUUGAUAAAUGUUCUGUUUGUUCAGCUCUCACCAAGGAGGAGGACGUGAGUCUUUAUUGUCCUAUCAUGCCAAAAGGUGGGACAUCUCUCUGAGUUCUGAUGACUUUCACAGCUGGGUCUCCCUCCCCCUCCACCUCCUCCUUCUCCCCCUGUCAUUGAGUUUCAUCCAACAUCAAACAGACACACCUUCCAGUUGGCUGCGCUCACGUUUCCCUCAGGAGGAAAUCUGAGUGUGUUGGCGUCUCAUGGAGCUGCUGGCCUUCUCUCUGUUUCUGGUGCUUGUUCCAGUUUGUUCUUCAUCAUCUGUGUGCGCUCUGACGCUCUCGUCGCUCCAACUGGAAACCUGAGAGAAUGUCAAAGUCAUCAGUUAUCACAACAGCACCAGCAGACGAGCCGGCUUCAGCACUCAGAUAUCAGGUGUUGGAAAUCAGUGCCAGCUCUUUAAAGAUGCAGAAUUCAUGAUACUUUUACAAGGCCGUUUCCAAAACAAUUGGGGAUCCUCUGUAGAUGCAGAUAAAAGCAGAGUUUGAUGGUUUGCAAAUCAUUUAAAAUCUGAAUUUAAUUGUAAAUAGUGCAAAGACAACAUGUUGACACUAAUUUCGAUUUUCUUUUUUCUUUUAUGAAAAAACAGCGUUGAAUUUUUAAUUUCACACUGCUACGAUGUUUCAAACUGUUAAAGCAAGGGUAUGUUUUUGAGUGCUUUGCAUCAGCUACACCUUGGAAAUGUUUGUGAACCGAGGACUCAAGUUUAAAAAGUUUUGAAAGUGGAAUGUUUCAUCCUUACCUGACAGAGAACAUCAGCUGCUCAGUCACAGGUGUUCACUUCCUAGAACCCGAAAUCUUAAUCUUUUCUGACAUCCCUGUUUGUUUUGUGUCUCUCUGUGUGUCUCAGGAUCAGUGGUUCUGGAGGGUCAGAGAUAACUCUGUGAUGCCGGGGUACCCCAUGCUCAUCAGUGUGUUCUGGAGAGGUCUGCCCCCCAAAAUCGACGCUGUCUACGAGAACAGUGAGGGGAAGUUUGUCUUCUUCAAAGGUGAGUCUACGUUUGACUUAAAACAUGUCUGUGUGAGUUUUUUUUUGUUUUUGUUUUUUAUUAUUAUUUAUUAUCAAAGUUAGUGAGAGUCUGGCCUAGUCUGGUUCAGACUCUUCUGUCUUUUCCCUGCUGUCAGCUCACAGGGUGAGCUCUGUAUUCAGGCCUGUAUGUUUCCUCUUUGUAUGAACUCUGGUGGUCAUACCGCUACUGGUUUGAUUAACAGCUGGUGCAGAUGCCACUCAUCAGAGAUCAACGUGGCUGUUGGUCAAGACAUACUGCAGAUGUCAUGUUGUUGUUAUUGUUGUGCUUGUGUAAUUGAUUGAGUACAGCAGUUUUAUGAUCAUAAAUGAGAAAAGAGUAAUGCAUAAUUCCAUUAUUUCAUGCUUAUUAUUUUCUAAUACACAUGGUUGUCUGAGCCAGGAGUGUGUUUUAGAUAGGCUUUAAUAAAUAGUGGUAAUAAUGUCUUAAAUUAUAUCGCAUCUUUAAAAACAUGGGUUAACAAAGUGCUCUGACACACAAGCAAAAAUAUUUUAGAAGGUAAGAACAAAAUAACCCAAACCACAAAGAGGUCGGAGGACAAAAUAACAAAUCCAAAGCAGAAAAACAACUACAACACCAGAAGGAGCUCACAGCUGAAUACCUUAAAAAACAGUGACACUAAGAGGAUGAAAAGAUUUAAGAUAUUGUAAGAAUACCAGGAGGUAAAAGCAGUGUAUGAAUAAAAAGAUGAAAACUGUUAAAGCACAUAAAAGCAAUAAAAAGAGAUGACCACAGUAAAUAAAGCAGUAAAAGUACACUGAAGAAAUACAGAAAGCAAUCAAACAAGUCAAAAUGAAAAUAAAAAAUAAAAAGGAGAGUGGUUCAGAGAAAUAACAAGAAAAAUAAAUAAUGAAUAGUAAAAGCCAACAGAGGCAUUGAAGGAGAAUAAAAUAAGAGGCAACAGGAACACCUCACAGAAAAGUGACUGCCUGCAGUGUCUGUAGAUGAUAUUUUUUCCUUUUUUUUAAAUCACACUUGUGGUUACAGGCAUCAGCUUAUUUUAAAAUGCCAUGUAAUGACUAAUUAAUGAGUCUAUUUCUACUCUGAACAUUUGUUCUUGUGUUACCCAGCAUGAGUUUUUAUUUUUAUUAAUGGUUUUGUUUUUUGUUUUUUGACACUAUCAGCAUCUCAGAGAAUGAAUCCACCAUCGCUCUGUAAGAUUACAGUUGUAUUUAUGAUCAAUCUGUAAUAAAACUCAAAGUAAUACAGCAGCUAUAAUAUUCAAUAACACUUGUCUAAAGCUAGAUUUUAAUAUGUUUCGGGUUAAAUCUUUAUCCCUCCAUAAUAGAUCCGCUGUGAAGGUGAUUUUCUGUUCUGUAUGAGCUGUCAGAUUGAGAUUUCUGCUUCUCUGAGCAGAUUUGUCCACGUUUCAAACACAGCUUGAGCUUUCAAAACCAGAUUUAAAGGUAAUUAUGUCUGCAGCUGAACAGUCACUUACAGCAGCAGCAGUAGCAGACAGACGUGGCAGAGCUGUUUGAAUCACUCACAGAGGGAGGAGGAGGAGGAUGUAAAUGAAAGGAGACGUGGGUAAGCAAUGAGAGUCUGCAGGGACACAAACUACAAAUCUUCAUUUCUAUUUCAGUUCCUGGAAAUGCAGAUGACACGUCUUCACUCUCUCUCUCUCUCUCUCUCUCUCUCUUUCUCUCUUUCUCUUUCUCUCUCUCUCUCUGUAAAGCAGGACCGACACAGAUUCAUAAAAUUUGCACUUACAGAAUGACAAGUUUCGUUUGAACUCACACAGCUGAUUUCCCAGAAGGCUUCGUCCUGUCUGUCCCUGUUUGGAAUAACAAUGAGACAGAAAGUUGGUCAAGAAACCAGAUGCAGAAACGUGGAUCCCGGUUUCCCUAGCAGCCUUUUUUUAAAAACAAAUGAAAUAUGGAGGUGAAGAGUCUGAUGUGACUGAAGCUACAGUUAGUUGUUGUUUUGAACCAAACUUGUUUGGUGUUUCCUGUGUUUCACUGAUUCAAUUUCUCUCUGCUUUUGCAAGUCAAAUACAUGUGGUGUGAAAAUCAUAACCAUCAGCCUGUGAACAGUCUGAGUCUUUGCUCACGGCUCACUGACUCCAUGCAUACAGGCUGUAAAUGUCAAAAACACCAGUAUGACUGACCUGGAUCUCAGACUGAGAGGCUGCUUCGUACAUUCACAUGAAUUUAAUCAGGAUUUUCACAUGCAGCUGAUCAUCCAUUAGUGUGUUUUUCCUUACCAGCUGAUCCAAACAGAUCAUGGUCAAUGCUCUCUGUGUCAUGAGGACGGACAGAGAUGUUAGCUUCUUUACUUACCUGCCACAGGUGCGAUAAAGCAGGGGUUCCCAAACUUUCAGAUAAGGACUGAAAACAAAAAUUAGGGGUCUUUCCAAAACCUGGAUUUAAAAAAACACCAUGAAUCCCCAAAGCUUCAUGUUUGGCACUAGCAGAGCUGGGCACAUGCAUUAAUCCAUCUAUGGUUAUCUGCAUUACUUUUAAAUAACUUUUAACAAGGAUGCCAUAUUGAAAGACGCCAACUAAGUCUGUUAACUUCUCUUCAGCAUUGUCAUUGUUGCGUCACUUGACUUCAUUAAAGGAACGCAGCACUGUGGCAGCAGACAGUAUCCACAAUGACUCUAGUAGUAGUCCAUGUGUUGGUAGCAAACAGCUCUGAAGAGCCAUUCGGAAGCCAAUAAAAGCCUCCUACUACUGAGCCUAAGGAUCUGGGUCCCUGAAAUUCCCAUCAUUGGACGCGUAUACCUUGAAGUGGUUUAGCAGAAAAAGAAUAAGGAUUCAGCUCCUGCUUUUAUAUGAAUCUCCUGCCUUCGUAGAUUAGAGAUUAUAUAGUUAAUUCCUGAAUCUGAUGGAUCUUUAUGGAUUUCUUUCGUUGAAUCCCGGGGCAAACUGUCAGACUUUCAACAGGUUUUAGCGUAAACAUUAUGCUAACCUACAUUAAUUUUGAACAGUAUGAAUAGAUUGACUAUUACUGAAGUCGUCUUUGUAAAUACUUUAACAAUCAGUGGAGUUAAAUUUUGGAUGAACUCUUCUUACCACUGGAAAUCACGCUGCUAACUAGUGGUGAGGUAAUUGCAAGAUGACUCCGACUCUCUAAUGCAUUAUAAUGUAGCUUUCAGUGUAGAGUGGACACAGAAGUAUAAACCAGGAGUUAGAGCGCUAGUUAGCCAGAGUUUCUAACGCCUCUUGCUCUCAUUUACGACAACAAAUACUGUUUGAUUUAUUCCAGAAUAAUGAAAGAGGUCAGUAAACAAAAAAUAAUUCCUGUAGAGAAAACUUAUUCUUACCAGGCGGUAACAUGUUUGUUUCUGCUGUAAAAUUUAACACUUUAAAAUAGGGUUCUAUGGGGACUGGCUCACUUUCAGAGACAGCCUCUAGUGGAUGGUCAGGAAACUGCAGACUUUGAUCAAUAGCUCCUCCAGAAAUGUAUGUACAUUCAGACUUACUUUCCCAACAUUGUCCUGUGUGUGUUUUUUUGUUUUGUUGCAAACAUAGAGGUAAGACUUGGCGGUUUUUAACAGCUUUGUUCUUGUCUGAACAAGACCAAAGUCAUACUAAUCAGACAAUUACAAACACCUCAAAACUGUUUUACUGCUCUGAAGUUUAACAAAAACUUUAUGAGGAAGUAAAACCCACCAAACUGUUACAAAAAAAGACAACCAGGAUUUUAUUUGAGACUGUGGGAGAGGAAAAGGCUUUGGGUUUCUCUUUGUUUUUUUGUGAAUCAAGUUAAACUCUUUGUGUUUUGGGCUGGGAGACUGUUUCAAUCUCAGGGUGUGGUGUGUGAAUGAGUUUGUGUGUGUGUGUUAGAGGAAGUGUGACCCAGAGUGAGUGCAGCGCUGUAAGAGAAGGAGGUGAAAUGACAGGAAUUUCCUCUCCAGAACAAGACCACUCACAUUCAGCCAGCACUGCCUUCUCCUCUGCAUCUAUACACCCUACCCCUCCUCCUGCCUCUCUUCUCCUCUUCUGCUGUACAAUAAAAACACUUCUUAUAGUUCAAAGGUCAGAUAUUGUGAAGUUGGGUUCAUGUCUGCUGUAUUUCACGCCUGUUUCCUGUAUUUGUUAAGUAAAGGCAGCAGGUCAUCUUACAGCUGAUCCCGAAGAUAUUCCAUAUCUGAGCUUUUGUUCCGACAAUAGAUCAGUAAUUUCAAAUCAAAUGAACAAAAACUGUGUAUGAGGUGAGUCAGCAGAGGAUAUCUGACCUCCUGUAUGUUUCCUCUCCACCUUCGUCAUUCCUCCUCCUACUCUUUGUUCUCUUUUUGCUAACACACUGCUCCUCCACCCUCUUCCUCCUCUGACGCCCAAAACCUCCCUGAUGAUGACGAGCACUUCCUGAGAUCAACCUGUGUCAGAGAUGUGCUGUUUAACCCAAUUACUCCACAGGAAGCACAGGAACAACGUCAACACAUCCACUUCGACUGAAACUGCACAUCGCUUUUCGAUAAGGUUCAGGUGUUUAACUCUGACUUUAGAGACUUGUAGUUUAAAGUUACUGUGGUCUCUGUAAAGUGGUUCCUCUGAGGCAGGUGAAAAAGAACACCUCAGCAUGUCUGCCUCCUGCUUUCAAUCAGUAAACUUCAUCAUACAGCGUGGUAACACAGGGCAGCAGGUCAUCGUAUGCACAUCUAUAAAUCUGCCCCAGUAGGCUGAUCCAAUUGUCCUUCCUUGUCUUAUUUAGUCUUUUUCUUCAUGUGCAGGGAAGCAAUUCUGGGUGUUUAAGGACACAGUGCUACAACCGGGGUACCCAAAGGACAUCUCUCAGUUUGGACACGGCAUGCCAGCUCAGAGCAUUGAGACCGCCCUGUGGUGGGAGGAUGUGGCCAAGACCUACUUCUUUAAAGGGGACAGGUAUGAUUUACUUCCUCAGAAGGGACAGGUGGGUCAGAUAAAGUAACACGCCUUUGAGAUACUCUAAUAAUUCACAAAGAAAAGCAGCUGCAGCUAUCCGCAAGACACAAUCGCCUCCCAUGCUCUGUUCAACAAAUUUUGGGCAGCAGCGGCUGCAGGAUUGUUUGUGCCAUGAACUCACAAUAACCAAAUUCAAAUGUGAUAAAAUGAUAAUAAACAGGCUGAAAGGGAUGCUGUAAUGAUAACACUGAGAUAGUGAUGUGUGAAUAUAAAGUCUAAAUUGAGGAUUUGUCAGGUCAGUCUGUGAGACAUGAAAAACAAAUUCUUUGUAAAUUGGACUCCUUGUUUUUUUGAUCACAGCACAGCGUCACACUUACUUCCCAACUUAAAUGAACAGAAAAAGGCCAUUGAACAAAUUAGCAUUUUACAGCACAAAUCACUGUGUUGACUUAACAUUCUGUGCUCUGCAAAACUAUCCACCUCCCUGGAGCUUUUCUGCAUUCUGUCAUGUUCAAAUGGACUCUGUGGAAGACUGAGUGAAACGGAUCAACAUUAAAAAGUACAAAACUCUAGAAUUGACUAAACUAAAAGUGGAUUUAAUCCAAAGUUGUCAAACAGAUGGAAAACUCCCCUAGUGUUUGGAAUUCCCCAGGGUGUGGUCCUUGGGCCAAUGCUUCUGCUCGGCCAUUUGUUUUGGCAAUUCCCUCAUAUUUCAUAUCAUUAUCAAGCUGAUGACACACAUAUAAAUUUUUUCAUAAAACUCAAUGAUGUCAAUUAGGUAACAUCUCUCCAUAACAGUUUUUCUGUUUUCCAUCUUUGAUUUCCUUCAUCGAACAAAAUUGAAAUACCAAUAAUAGGUUCUGACACCUUCACCACUCCUGUUCAAGAUGUUUUUGUUCAGCUGCAAUCAAAUAUCAAACCCUUUGCUAAAAAAUGUUCCUACUAACAGUGCUUUGCUGUGAGAUCUCAAAAAACUGAUGUGUAAAAUGCAUGCAGGUUACGUUUUCCCUAACCCAGCUUUUAUGCAUCAUUAGCGAAGUUUACUUCAAGACUUUAUUCAACCAAAAGAAUGAAUUAGUCAUGUUGCACAUGAAAAAUCAAGGCAGGGAGAGAAUCAGCGAAAACCCGUAUUCUACAAAACAAAGCAGGCAUCAGUGUGACACUGGUAAAAUCAAACACUGCAUAAAAGGAGGAGCUGGGAUAGAGGUGGGAUGCAUCAAAGGUAAUUGGCUCGGCUGUCAGCUGACACGGGCUGGGUUUGCUGAUGUAAUGUGGGCUGAGCUUGACUCUGUUGCUCAGUCAAUGUGAGACAUUUACAUGUUAAUUAGUACUGUGAGACUCUGCAGACAUCGGUCAAAACUCCUCAAAGAGCCUUCAAUUUACAGAUCUUUGUGUCAAAAUAUCAACUUAGCAUCAGUUUCUGCAGAGUAGAGCUCAAAGGUCAAGAUGCGCUAAAUGUAAUAUAUUUCAUUCAGCGUUUGCUCUGUCUCUGCCGUUUUGUGUGCAGGUAUUGGCGUUACAAUGAGGAAAUGAGGACGAUGGACCCUGGGUAUCCAAAGCCCGUCACGGUGUGGAGAGGAGUGCCUGACUCACCACAGGGAGCCUUCGUGGACAAAGCCAAUGGUACGGACUGUCCUGAUCCCCUGAGCUGGCACAAACACACACAAAAGCACAAACAGCUUCAUAGGCCAGUAACUUGCGUGGCACACUGAGCAUUGACUGAAACAUGCUUCUGUUCUCGUAGUCUGGGGGUGAUGCUACCGUACAAUCAGAGGAGCUGAUGGCGUGUUAGCGUUGGGAAAAUAUAUAAUCAGGUCAGGUUUUAGUUUUUAGUCUGUUUUUACAUCGCUCUGUCCUUCUCGCUGUGUCAUGAGACCCAUGAGGCCACUGCUGCGUCUCAUUCUGGCUUGAGCUCUCGCCAAGCCUGAGAAGGUGGGGCUGACACACCUCAGAGAGCUCACUGAUUGGUUUGUCAGAUUGACUCACUCCCCAUUGGCUGUCAUCAGUCAGGUGUGCUGACGCUGGUCUUGGCAUCAGGCUGUAGGAAAAAACAGAGCAGGUGGCGCUGAACACUCAGACCAUCUGUGAGAGGAUAGGCUGCCAGAUCUGAGGGGGCGGGGCCACCGGUGAGGGCAUGUGAGGCAGGAAGGGAGGAGGCUGAUGGUGUUUCUGCAUUAUAUGAAUCUGCAAAUAUGUGUCAAGAGUGUUUGGCGCAGACAGUGUGUGAAGUGACACGAUUGUGACAUUGACCCACAUAAUCAUUUAUAGUGUGUGAGAGUGCGUGUGCUGGUGUAAGAGUGUGUGUGUUUGAGUAGGCCUCAGGACUGUGUUAACCUCGUUGUAACCCACCACAGCCCAUCCCCUCUCACCUCUCUUAAUGUCUGUGUUCAGCAUAAAAGGGAAUCUUUCUUGCUUAUUUAUUGUGAUACAAAAAGUACAGGUAGUCCAUGUAGAAAGCCUUUAAUAGCUUCUGCUUUGGCUCCAAUUAAAAGUCCAAAAUUCCCCCAAGUAUAAUUUAAUGUUGUAGAAAGAUUCAACUUCAGCUGCAAACAAAGUAAAUCAAGUAUCUUCCUUCUUGUUCAUGCAGAGAUUUGGAUGUGUUUAAAAGUAUAACCACUGUAAAACAACCAGAAAAUAACUUUUCAUUUUCAGUUUGACACAUUAACUUAAGCUGCUCUCUCUCUCUCUCUCUCUCUCUCUCUCUCUCUCUCUCUCUCUCUCUCUCUCUCUCUCUCGCUCUCUCGCUCUCUUCACUUUGCCUCUCAAAAAAAUUUCUGGUGAAGAUACCAGUUUUAAUAUCUUAGAAAGUUUUGAUGCUUUUUGAAAUUAAAAAAAGAUGGAUAUUAUUUUAUUUCAAGCAUGAGGUGUUUAAAAAGAAUCAAAUGAUUAUAAAUUCUUGCAGCCUUGAUCAGUUUAUUCAAAGAUGGAAAAGAAAGGAUAUUUGAAUGCUUUCAAAACUAUUUCAUGAUAUCUGAAACUCAUAGAGACAGGUCAGGCUGUGAUAAAAGGUUUAUAAUAAGCCUGCUGUGGAUAAAGUUUGUAGGUUACAUAAACUACAGUCCGCUCUGCUCUAACAGUCCUCUCUGGCACCCCCUCAGGUUUUACGUACUUCUACAAGGGGAGGGAGUACUGGAAGUUCAACAACCAGUUCCUGCGGGUGGAGCCGGGGUACCCUCGCUCCAUCCUUAAAGACUUCAUGGGCUGUGACCUGACCCCCAUUGACCCUGCCCGCCCCCCCACAGACGAUGGGACGUCAGAUGUGGUGAUCGAGCUGGAGGACGAGGCAAGCACAGUGCAGGCAGUGGCCAUCGUCCUGCCGUGUGUGCUGUCCCUGUGCCUGCUGGUCCUUAUCUACACCGUGGUGCAGUUCAAGAGGAAGGGCACGCCGCGCCACAUACUGUACUGCAAACGCUCCAUGCAGGAGUGGGUCUGAGACACAGGGUGGUAGAGAGGGGAUAGGGAAGCUCCCACCCUCACAUUGAAGGACCAUGACUUUGCACAGUUGCGCCCCCUCCUCCUCAAUGGGGACCAUCAGCCUGUCUGCAGCCCCACCCCCCAGGACCCAAAGCAGACUCUGCUGACCCCCCAGCCUUUUUGAUCAAACAGGGGGGGAGGCAGAGGGACAGAUCUAGAGACGCAAACAGGGGAGGGGGGGUCGACUUCUCUUUGUAUGUCAUAAACUGGACGUCCUACUCUUUAACUCUGCUCUCAAUCAGGAAGAGGACCUUCAGGGGUGUGUGCCCCUCCCCCCACAGGGCACUGCAUCCUCAUCUGUCAUAUCAGGUUGUUGAUAAAUCUGCAGUUUUAUAUUUUCUGAUCUCAGUUCCCCCCCUUCCCCCCUUGCUUCAUUAUGGAUAAACAGGAUGUGAUCACUUGACCAACCUUAAGUCUGUGUUUUGUUUUGUUUUGUUUUUUUAAGUUUGAUUUCAGGAGGUCCUCACUGUUCCCUUUAACGCGACCAAGAGACCAAACCAAAAAAAUCUUUCUCUCCAAAGAGGAUCACAUUGGUUUUAAGUUUUUAUCUGUAUUAUUAUUUUUAUUUUCCUUUCUGCUUGGAGAGGCGGAGCUCUGACUGUUGUGGCGGUCUGUCUGAGUCACAGGGGCCAAAUGAUUCUGCAAUAUUUUAACUCGCCUUAAUUAUUCAUCAUACUACAUGUGCUUGAGUUCUUUUGAUUUGUCUACUGCUUUGUUUAUUUGUUUGUUUGUUUGUUUUUAAAAGAAGCUUAAUGGAAGCUUUUUGUGAUUGCUUUUUAUUUCUCUGAAUUUUGCUACGUUACCCAGAAUCCUCAGCACUGGUUUGCUGAGUCUCUGUGGACAGAGUCCCAUCAGAGUCAUGGUGCGUUUCCUUUACUUCAGAAGUUGGAUAACAGAGCAGUGAAUAAUAUCAUGUGAACCAUGGUCCAGAUCCACUUCAGAAAGCUGCUCAGCUUGUAGCUCUUGUUGUUGUUAACAUUGUUAGCUAACACCAGGUGAUAAUGAGACAUGUAAUGGUUUGCGCAGCAUAUCCACUGAUGGAACUUGCACAAGGCCGUGAGUGUGGUUGACUUUAUCAUAAAAUAAGUUGCUGAUAAACACUAUUUCAGCUGUUGAUGUAAGGAGUGGCCAUUUUGGAUAUCCAGUUUGAAGUUGCUAAAGUUUCUCCCAGUUCCAUGUAGGAGUCUUAAAUUCUGAGGGUGUUUCUGAUGACAUAUUCUACAAACAUCCUUAAAAUCCAACUUCUGAGAUCAAGUGAAAUGCACCGAGUCUCAUUAGGAUCAGUCUGUACCCAGAGUGAUGAUGUGUGAGUUUAAAGAAAGUUCUGGAUUAAAGCCACUAAGUCUGUGUGUUCAUGUUAUACAGGAUCAGCUGAUAUCAGUCAUCUCAGAGUGUUUGUUUUUCUGUCUAUGGCCCAUAACCCCUCAGUCUGUGUGUUUAUCUGUGAAUGAACAGAGCUUUUUUUUUAAGAGUCCAGUUGACUGCCUUGUUUGAGAGAGCCUACAGUUCCCAGAAUGCUCUUUGUCUCCUGACUGAGGACCCACAGAGUGAGGUCCAGAUCAGUGCCUGUGUCAACGUGCAUGCAGCAUUAACUGAACAUCAGCCGCUUCUGCUCAGCGUGGCUCUGAAAGAGUUCUCUAAGAAUACUGUUUGCGUUUAUUUUCGUACAUUUUAACUGUAACCCUUGACCCCGACCCCACCAAAUCAAACCCCUCCCCCAAACCAAACCCCUUCCCCUCCCUUGUUACCUGCAGGUACAAAGAAACUCUCAAGGGUUCUUGUGGUACAUGUUGGCAGAUCUAAUCAGCCUCAGCUAUCAAACUGACCAUCAGUCAACCAAUGUGUGUCUGUUUCCAUGACAACAAACUGUUUAUUUUUCUUCUUCUCCUGUUUUCUGGUCAAAACAAAAUGGACAUCCCUCGAUGUCUUCUGUGUGUAAGAGUUUUUGGCGACGGGGAAACGUGUCCUGAUAGAAUGAAUAAACUGGUGAUAAUGAUUCAGAGCUGCCUCCGAC